AAGAGUAGUAUUAUAUUGUGGCAUAUGAAAAACCGAAAAAUCUAAAAUCCAAAAAAGCUUUACCCUUGCACCGGUGAUUAAAAUUUUUUGGAAAAUUGUGUGUGUGCGUGUUGUGUGGGCUUUUAGAAAAUUAAAGUUGAAUUACGAGCAAAGCGGCCAGCAAAAGUGAAGGCCGCUUGGGGGUUGUUCUCCAGAGGCAGAGGCAGCCCCAAAAAAAUAAAAGAGCGAAUAAAAACUCCACCCGUGGUUAGCGUCAUCAACUCAUUUUAUGUGUUGUUGUCGUGUGCGUGAGAAAAAUCAAUUUUGCACUUAAACUGCCAUACAGACGGAAUCGGAAUUGGAAUCAGGACAAAAGGACAAGGCUGGUUGUUUGUGAGUGGAUGACCGAUGACAUUUUGGCCGCAAGAGAAGCGUACUAGAAAACCGAUGCUAUCAUGGCUGAUAGCACAGAACCAGGCAGGCAUAAGGAUCCAACCAUAGAUAAUGCCGGCGCUGAUGGAAUUCAAGGAGCCGCUGCUGCUGCUGUCGGCACUGACGUGCCCCCAAUACCAGCUGUUCGACGUCGCCAUGCGCAUGCGCAGAAAACCAUUGAGCGCGUCGAGGAAACAGGACAAGAAUGCAAACAGCUGGAGACAUCGACGGUGACGCGUACAUACAUGAAGACCAUUACCACGUCACUGACCACCUCCAGCGAUAACAAUAGUAGCAGCAUCCAUGUCGAGACACCGCCGCAACGCUUGCGUCAAAAGGUGGCACAAUACGAGAAGGUUUGGUCCACCGAUGGCGCCGGCAAACGUCCGGCCGAACAGGGUGCGGAUGAACUGCGUCAGGAGCAGCAGGCUGAUGAUUUCGAUGAGGAGAAUCCCUUCGAUAUCGAUGUGCAUGAGAUAGAGCGGCGAUUGCGCGAGGAGCGACAACGCGGCUUGGCCGAGGCAGAGGCAGCUAAGCUGGCCUUUCAGCAGGUCCAUUUGCGGCACACGCCGCAAUCGGCGCCACGUCGCGUUGAGGUGACCAGCGAACAGACGCCGAGUCCGUUUAAUGUGACCCUGAAGACCACCAGCAAGCUAAGUCCUGGCGUCGAGUUGAGCAAUGUCGAGGAUCAGCUGUCGCCGUUCAAUGUGACGUUGCGCACCACACGACGCACAACCACGGUGAAGCACAAUCAGAGCCGUCAAACGGAACUAGAACGCUUCCUCGAUGGCGAGCGUUUGGUGCGCGAGGUGCCAGCUGCCGAUGGCGUGCGUACGAUAAUCACCUCAUCGAUGACUAGGGAUGGCGGCUAUACCGAGGAAAAGAUUUAUCGCCAUGGCGAGGGUUACGUGUCGCCGCGAGAUUCGCCCUCGUGGUCGCGCUCCAGCGUGUCGAGUGAACGUUCGAGUGUCACGUCGCCGCACAGCGUUGAUAUGACCGCAGGUGGGAGACGCAUACUCAUUAAGCUCGAGGAUGAAUCGAUGGAGAGACGUGAAUUGAGCGAAACAACGAGGUGUGAACACGAGCAGCAACACGAUGAAACUGAUGGCUCGGUGCGAGCACGCAUUAGGCAGUUUGGUGGGCAGGACGAGGAUGCUAUGGCAACGGUAACGGGUAACAUUGACAUUACCGUGGGUAGCAACCCCCGCAGGCGGCGUUUAUACCAACAAACAACACUGCAAGUGGGUGGCAACGAGACACAGCCACAACAACAACCACUGAAGGAGGAACAGGAACAGCAACAACAACGACCACCACGUCCAAGCGAACUGUCAUGGCAAACAACGGGUAAAUCAACAACAACAAAGACAAUGCUUACAUCCACGCCGAUUGGCACGAAGGAGCAACCGCAAACAGCAACGCCGGACGCCGAAGUGUUUAGUCCAGCUGCAACGUGCCAAUUGCGCGGUUCUUCAGCGGAAGAAUCCCGGAAAAUUGUAAGCCACAAGAAAACGAUAACCACCAGCAGCAGCAGCACAACGACAAAAUCGUCCUCUACGUCCUCCUCGUCUACGUCGCGCAAAUCCGUCGGUUUCCCAUCCGCUUCGAACGUUGGCGGUGAUAUCUCGUUUACGGCAACGCAAAUACGCAUCGUUGACGAUUCCGCGGACGCGACGGACGUCAUCGAUAACGAUUCCGAUACGGAAGGUGUGCCGGCUAGCAGUCUUGUGAUUGUAUCGACACCAACGCGGGAGCGUUCCACAACACCCACAACAUCGCCUUGUACGCCGCACGCAUUAAGCGGCAUUGGCACUUUUAGCAAGAGUCUGCGCCAGGAUUAUCAGACUCAAGCAACACAAAGUGGCCAAAAGGGCAACGAACACCACGAACACGAAUACCAGGAAUUCCAAUCCACAAUGGCUUCGAUCAAUUUCCAACGAAGCAAUUCCCAGUACGACAGCCACAUCAAGGAGAAACGAGAGGAGCAAGAACGUGUGCAGAAGAAGACAUUCACUAAUUGGAUUAAUUCAUACCUAUCGAAGCGUGUUCCACCGCUUCGCAUUGAUGAUUUAAUCAACGAUUUACGCGAUGGCACGAAACUGAUUGCGUUGCUCGAAGUUUUGUCCGGCGAACGUUUGCCCGUGGAGAAGGGCCGCGUUCUCAGACGUCCACAUUUCCUUAGCAAUGCCAAUACAGCUCUACAAUUUUUAGCCAGCAAACGUAUCAAAUUGGUCAAUAUUAAUCCCGCAGAUCUGGUGGAUGGGAGACCACCAGUUGUGUUGGGUCUGAUAUGGACGAUCAUAUUGUACUUCCAGAUCGAGGAGAAUAGCCGCAACCUAGAGUAUUUGGGUCAUGGUAUUGGCGGUUCGGUUAGCUCACUCGACAGUGUUGGCAAUCAUAAGGCUGGUGGUGAUCUAAGGGCUGAGAAAUGGAAGCAAGGUGCCAAGAAAACGCUACUCAAUUGGGUAACAAACGCCUUGCCAAAAGACAGUGGUGUGGAGGUGAAAGAUUUUGGCGCCAGCUGGAGAGAUGGCGUCGCUUUCCUCGCACUUAUCGAUGCAAUUAAAGCGAAUCUGGUUAAUUUAGCUGAGCUAAAGAAGACCAGCAAUCGUCAGCGUUUGGAGACUGCUUUCGAUGUGGCCGAAAGCAAAUUGGGCAUUGCCAAACUAUUGGACGCUGAGGAUGUGGACGUACCCAAACCGGAUGAGAAGAGCAUAAUGACAUAUGUGGCACAAUUUUUGCACAAGUAUCCCGAACCAAAGGGUGCAACACGCGACGAGUCGCAUGUGCAACAAGAAGUGAACGAAUUGCGUCGUUUUCUGGUGGAGAAGACCACCGAAUACGAACCAAUGGUGAUGAUGAAUUCAUUUCCACGCGAUUUUAGUGAAUAUCUAUUGGCACGUUCUGAAGUCGAUGCACAUUUGCCUGCUUACAACCGUCUGAAGCAAUUAACUGAGACUCAGAGCGGUUUUCUGCAGGUCUCACGUCAAUCGUGGGAUGAAAUUAACGAGCUGUGGCAGCGCCUUCAAUACCAGAUGAUGUACUGGCUCUGGCUAUUGGACGCUGAGCUGCCCGGCGAAUUCGGCAUUGUGGGCAAAUGGCUGGCCGAAGCCGAAAAACUGCUCAUGGACAAUGACAUACCCAAUGCAAUGAAUGAGGAGACAGCUGCUGUCAUCAGUAGAAAGCUGGAGGAGCAUAAGCUGUUCUUUGCCGAUCUGCCACGCAUUGUGGCCAUGUUCGAUAAUGCCAAGCGCUCUCCGCUGGCUCAACAAGUGCCGCUCGAGCAGCUGCGCAACAUGGAACGACGCCUUCAAGAGGUCGCGCCCAAGGCGGCUGAACGUCGCAUUCGCUUGAAAUUCCUCGAGCACAAGUGCUGUCUGAUUGCCUUCUUGAACCUAGUCGAGAACAAAAUGCGCGGCUGGACUGGCAAAUAUGGACAAGAGGAGAAGGUUGCCCAGCAGCUGGAACAAUACAAGAACUUUGUCUCACGCAACAAGAUCUUCCAAGAGUUCCAGAAAGCCUUUGUCGACAUGCAACAGGUGGUCGAUGAAUACAAGCGCGAAGGCAACGUGGCACGCAAGGAUAUCAAUGAGAUUGAUCGCUUCAUGUACGAGACUGAGGAGCGUUGGAAGCGUGUCUCCAUGGAGCUUAAGUGUUGCCAGAACUCUCUCGAGGAGGUCGUCAACUGCUGGCGCAACUGGAAUCAAUUGGCGCCCAACUGUGAAGAGUGGCUGCUGCUCGCCGAGCAGAAGCUCAAUCAAAGCGAAGACGAUCGCCUGGAGUUCUUCCAAGACAUUAGCGUGUGGAAGGACAAGUUUGAUGCGCUGGGCAAUGCUGCCAGCUAUCUGAUUGCCUCCUGUGAGGAACCCAUUGCCCAGCAACUGCGUCAACGUCAUGGCGCGCUCGCCGAGCGCUUCGAGCGUCUGUUUGCCAACACCAAACAGUACAUGCAUGCCGGUGACAUUAUUCGCUCGCGUCAAGAGUACAAGUCGGGCAUAGAGAAGCUCUCAAAGUGGCUGCGCGGUGCUGAGAGUGUACUGGAUCAGCGCCAGGUGUUGGGUAACAGCGAGCAGAUUCGCCGAUAUGGCGAGCAGCUGCAGCAGUUGGCAAGCGAAAUUGAUGAUAAUGAGGAGCUGUUCAAGACCAUCAGUCGCACCUUCCAAUCGCUUAUACAGGACUUGUCGCGCGACGAGGUUGACAGGAUGAUGAAGCUGCUUAAGCAGGAGAAGGAAUCGCUGGUGCGCAUACGUGCUCAGCUGCCUGCCAAGCUGCACUUGUUCCAUCAGUUGCAGAUACAGCAGGAGUCGCUCGAGGCCGGUCAAAAGGAGAUCCAUCAAUGGCUGAGCGAAGCGGAGCAACUGCUGGGCACACACAAUCUGGCCGGUGGUCGGGAAGUGCUCAACGAACAGCUGCACAAGCACAAGACCUACUUCUCAAGGACUGUCUAUUAUCGCUCCAUGCUGGAGAGCAAGAACAAGGUGUUCCAGAAUCUGCUGAACGCUGUGGCUGCCGAUGAUAAGAUCGAUACUGCACCAGCUGCUCAGCAAAUGCAACAACUGAAUGAGCGCUUCAAUUAUGUCAUUCAGAAUGCUGGCAAAUGGGAGCAGCGAUUGAACGAUGCUGCCGGUGGUUGGAGCAACUUCAAGGAUAACGAACGUGUCGUUACUGAAUGGCUGACUCAAGCCGAAUCCAUGUUGGUGGAGAAGCACAUUGAAUCGAAGACAACAAUUGAAACGCAAAAAUACUUCUUUGAUCAAGUCAACGAUCGUUGGAUGAACGAUCUGGUGCAGUCGGCACAGCAAUUGCUCACGACUUUGCCUGCCCAGGAACAACCAGCUGUGGUGCAAAGCGUAGAACAACUGCAAACGCGCUGGAAGAAUGUUCUUUCCCAGGCGCCAUUGCAUUUGCUGAAGCUUGACUUCCGUCUGGAUGAGAAUGUGUUCUAUCAAUCGCUUAAGGAUGUCGAAAAGGAGUUGCAACUAGAGCAACAGGCACUCAAUCGCAACGAGGAUGUUGACUCUAUUCUGCAGCGCAAUCAACAAUUCCUGCUGCAACAGGAUACCGUGCCGCGUUUGGAGCGUUGCCUGCAAAACAUGCAACGUCUCGCACAGGCGCACAGGCAACAUCAGCCCGGAGACAUUAGUUUGGAUCAGGCUUAUGACAAUGCCAAGACUCAGUGGCAACAAAUGUCCAACAAAUUGGCUGAUAUGCGUCAGACUUUGCAACAAAUCCCAGCACAAUGGCAAGGCUAUCAUCUGAAGUUCAAUGAGAUGAUCGAAUGGAUGAACAGCGUGGAUCAAAGCCUCAAGAACAUUGUGAACGAGGUGAACACGAUGGAGGAGUUCGAAAAGGAGAAGGUUGUUUUCCAGAAAAUCUGCCAGGAUGCAGAUAACAAACGUGAGGACAUGAAAUGGCUUGUCAAAACAUUGGAUUCUCUGCUCAGCUAUGCGACCGAAGAUGAGGCCAAUCUGGAGCAAAAGAAACUGGAAGAUUUGAUUGCACGCUACAAGAAUCUGAUACCCACAAUUGAGAUUACCAUGGUCAAGACGGAAGUCUUCUCCAAAUGCUAUACAUAUCGUCGUGAGGUGCACGAAGUUGUUUGUCUGCUGACCAAGGUUAAGGAUCAGACGGCCAACAUUCCGGCCCCCGAUAGCUUGGAGCGUGUCAAUCGCCUCAUCGAGGAGCAACAGUAUGCCAUCAAUCAGCUCGAUCAUCAGCGGCCACACAUCAUGUCAAUGCUACAACGUGGACGUGAUCUAAGUAAGGAUGUGCAUGCUCCUGCCUUUGUUAAUACCGAAGUUAAGAAUCUGGAGACCGGCUGGAAUCAAGCCUACACAGAGACCUCUGACAAGCUGCAGGCACUGAAGGGCACUCAAGCGGUAUGGAGUGAGUUUGUCGAUCAGAAGAACGACAUCUUCUCCAUGCUGCAGACCGCUGAGACUGAGUUGCGUGCUCUGACGCCACUCCAAACCGAUCCCAAGAACGUUAGCCAGGAUCUGAAGUCAAAGCGUGAUCUGAAUGUGCAACUGCAACAGGCAUCGCACCAAUUGCUACCCAAGUUGCAUGCUCUGAAGUCGGAAUUGGCACCACUUGCUGCCGCCGACAAGCGUCCCAUACUGGAGAAGGAGGUGACUGAGGUGGAGAAGAUGUUCUUCAAUACCAUGGAGCAUGUUAAGGAUCGUGUAGGUUACUUGGAAGACUACAGUGCCAAGUGGAACAACUAUAAGACACGUCUCGCAGAGCUGCAAGAAUGGGCCAACAAAGUGGCACCCAAGAACAUUGAAGCUUUGCAGUCGGAGGAUCUAACGCCCGAGGAACGUGUCGUCAAGGUACAAUCCUUCAAACGUGUGCUGGGCGAACGCAUGAAGCAACUGGAUUUAUUGGCCGCUGAUGCAUCGGAGCUGGCACCGAAGGAGGGCAACGUUGCGGAGGCGAAGCGUCUGAAGGGUGAAAUCUCCAAAUUGCAGGAGGUGCUCAGUGCAAUCAACCGCAAUGUGGAUCAUCAGUCGCAGGCCGUGCAGGAGGAUCUGGUCAAUUGGCAGCAGUUCCAGGCUGGACUGCAACAGAUCAAGCCCGCCGUGGAGCAGAGCGAAGUCAAGGUAAAUAAUAUAGUUCCUAAGCCGAUCACACUUGAUGAAGCCGUUGCCAUGCAACAAAAUGCCAAACAAUUUGAAACACAAUGCCUGGAGCAAUUGGACAAACUCCAUGGCAUUUCAAACAUCAGUCAUAAAAUGUUAUGCAAAACCAAUGCCCCCGAUGAGUUAGAUGCCAUGCACUCCCGUUGGACGGCAGUCCAUGAAAAUGCAAAACAGGCGAGCGCCAAGCUCGAAAAACUUGUCGCCAAUUGGCAAUCCUUUGAUGCCGAUACCGCCAAACUGGAGGAUUGGAUCAAUCAGGGUGAACAGCAAAUGGGUAAGCGCCCAACCGUACUUAAUACGCCGCACAUUGACAAACUGGAAAAGGAGCUGGUCAAGCUCAAGUCCUUCAACAAUGAGAUUUCGCAGCAGCAGGCCAAACUUGUGGCCCUUGGACAAAAUGCCGAUCAGAUUAGUUUACAUCUGGCACCAGAGGGUGCUGCCGCUGUCAAAGAUCGCGUCAACUUGAUGAAGGGCAAAUUGCAGAAAUUGUCGGAGGCCACACGUGGCAACAUCAAUGAAGUCUCCGAUGCCAUUAUUUCUCGUCAAGAUUUCAAUGCCAAACUUGUAAACUUCUCUAAUUGGAUGGAGCAGUUGCGCAAUCAAGUCACCCAGGUGGAGGAAAUCAAUCCGGAACGCGUGGAGACAAGUCUUCAUGUCAUUCAUGCGUUGCUGCAAGAACAUGCCGACAAGAAGCCUAGCUUCAAUGCCAUCUAUGAUGAGGUGAAACAAUUGGCUUUGGGCGCCACGCCUGAGGAGUCGAAUGCUCUUAAUGAUGCCUACACUGCGUUGGUGGUCAACUAUCAGAACCUCGAGUCGAAUAUGCUGCAAAAGAAGGCAGCACUCGAGAAGUGGACAGAGCUGUUGGGCUGGAAACAUGACACUGAAUCGCACUUGAAUUACUUGAAGCACCAACUGGACAAGCCUGAGGGACCUGCUGUCGAAGAACUGAAGAAGGUCGUACAGGAGAUUGAUCAUCUUGGUCAAGGUCUCAGUUACUGGAAGGAUCAGGCUAAGCAGAUCGAUGAGAAUCCUGCCAUACAAUUGCGUGAUGCGUUGUCGCGUCGCCCCUUGAUUGCCACACAGAUUGUUAACGAUGUGGAGAACAAACUGGAGAAUCUGAAGUUGCGUUCGCAGAAUCAGCAACAGCAGCUCCAACAGAUGACCGUGCGAAAGGACAAAUUCCAUGCCCUUGAACACAACUUUGGUCAGGCAUUGGAGGAGAAUCGUGCCAAGCUUGAGGAGAUCCUCAAGCAACAUCCCAAUUUGCACAACAUCGAUCAGAUCAUUGCCGAUUUGGUGGCGCUUAAUGAGGCGCUCAGGUAUCAAGCAGAUCUGAAGGACCGCAUUCACGACGAAGGUUCACUGCUGAUGCGCGAGGAUAUUGCCAGCAUGCCAGCCAUACAGGAGAGUCUGCUCGUUUUGGACAAGAAUUAUGAUUCACUCCAGAACGAGAUCGCCGAUCGCAUACAGAAAUACAACCUAAUUAGUCAGGCAUUGCGUGAGUAUGCCGACUCCAAGGACAAGUUCUCCAAGGAGCUGAAAAAGGCCGAAGACCUGUUUAAUGCCAUACCCCAACAACCUGGCGAUGAAACUGAACUCCAUCAGGCCUCAGAGAAAACACGCAAGACCAUGGAACAACUGCGCAAGUCCAAGAUGAAUCUGGAUGAGCUCGAUCGUCGUGGAAACAAUGUUUGCAAGCUCUUUACUGCCAUCGGUGAAGCUGUACCUCAGGAGGUGCCACAAGAGGUGGCCACUGCUAAGCAGCACUGGCAGGACUUGCACGACAAGACCGCGAAAAAUGCACAUGUCUACGAAACAGAGGCAGUUAUUUGGUCACAGAUCGAAGAUGCCAAGAAGGAUCUGUUACCUUGGCUGUCGGAGACGAACCAAGGACUUUGCGACGCUGCGGACAAUUCAAUUGAAAUUGAAUUUGGUCCAAUGCGUUUAAGCAAAUAUCGUACUGAGCUGCCUUCUUACCAGGCCCUCAAGGACACCAUCAAAGAGAAGACAAACGAUCUGGUUAAGAUCAACAACGGUGCCGAGAUUCCGGCUUUGAGCGCUCUCAAUCAGCUGCUGACCGAACAGUUUGCUGAGGUCAGCAAUAAUGCGGAUCGUUUGAGCGCCGUCACAACCUCGUUCAAUGAUCAGGAGCAGGAACUAAGACGUCGCACCAAGGUUGCAGGCGAACAGGUUAGCAAGCUGCGUGAGCAACUUAUCAAAUGCGAUGAUAUGUCUGGCGAUAACAAUAAGAUCAUGGAACGUUUGCUGCAAUGUCGUGCUCUGCGCGCUCAACUCGAGAACAGCGGCAAUGAGAUUGAGAAUAUCAAGCAAAAUGUGGAUGAGCUGCGUAAUUUGUAUCCAACAUUUAAUGAGUCCAUUAUACCCAAGGAACUGAACAAUGUGCAGAAGCGUUACGAAGGAGUAGACCAGUAUGCCAAGAAGAUCGAGAGUUCUCUGCUGCAAUUCCUCAAGAAGUUCCAUGCCGACAAGGUGGGCAUGCUGAAGCGUCUGAUUGCCACGCAGCGUGAGAAGGUUGCAUGGUGUCAGCCCGAAUCGUCCAGUGACAAAUACAACUUGGAUGUGAAGAAAUCCUCGUUACAGGAAGUCAGUAAGAGUAUCGAUGACUGCAAGGCGCGUCAUGCGGAAACACUUAAGUCUCUGGAGAUGCUGAAGGCCGUCGAGACACCACAAAAUCUCGCUGAGCUCACGAAUGAUGCACUGCUGAUGGAUAAGGAGAUGCAAGCGUUGCAGGAUAGCUUUGAUCGCAUCAAGGGCAUACUCGAUGAGAAUGUGGAUCUGUGGUCACAGUACGAACAGUCGAACGAACAAAUCUCCAACUGGCUGCGUGAUGUCGAAGGUCGUGUCAAAGCUGAGACCAGCAGCCAAGUGAAUCUGCCGGAGGUGCCACAGAAACUACAAGAGUUGGCGGUGCUCCAGCAGGAUGUGUUAUCGCACGAGCCCAUUAUCAACAAUUUGGAGCAGACAUCUCAACAACUGAUUGAAAAGAAUCCCGAGGCACGCAUUGGACAAUUUGUCACGCAUCUUGUGCAGCGUUAUCAAACCGUUGCCAAGAGUCUGGCAGGACACAUUGAUAAAAUACGUAGCGCGCAGCUGUCGAACGCCAACUUUGCCAAGGCUUCGAAGGACUUCAAUGAAUGGUUCGGCGAUGCCAAAAUUGAGUUCCAGGAAUUGGCACGUAUGGGUUCGCCUGGUUCCUCCUCAGCCACAGCUCAACAGUUGCAGACCAUUAAGAACUAUCUGAAGACUUUCGAUAAUGGUCAGCUCUUGCUUAACAAUGCCGUUGAUAUUGGAGAGGCACUUUAUCCUGUGGUUUCACCUGAGAAUCGUGAACGCAUUCGCGCCGAUCUGCGUCAAAUGCGUGAAAAGUACGAUUAUCUGCGUGACGAGGCAAAUGCCUUGAUGCAACAGGUGGAAGGUGUGCUCAUUCAGAAGACAUCCAUUGAGGAGAGUUACACACAGGUGUCGCAUUAUCUCAACGAGUCUAAGGCCAAGGUUACCGCUGGCGAUGAACUCUAUCCCACGUUGGCCACGAAGAAAGCUGCACUCCAAAACUACAAAACCCAAUUACAGGAGAUUACCUUGCAUAAGAAUGCUCUAAAGCAAUUGCAUGAUAAGGCUGUCACUCUUUGCGACGAUGAGUCGGAACGCAAGACUGAUGAAUCUAUUCAGGAGUACAAUACACUCUCGAAGAAGAUCUCUGAUCGCAUUCAAACCGUGGGCAAUCAUGUAGUCAAGCAUGAAGCCUACGAUCAGGUGCUAGAGAAGGCACAGGAUUGGUUGAACACCAUCAAAUCAGAGGCUAUUGAUAUUCUGAACGAGACUACUUUCGAGAAGGAAGGGGCCGAAGAGAAACUGAUUGUUGUGGAGAAUCUAUUGCAGCAUAAGCCCGAGGGUGACUCCAUUUUCGAUACAUGUCACAAGCUGUUGGAAACAGUGCUCACUCAGACCCACCCCAGCGGCCAUCCAGCAUUGCUGAAGGGUUUCGAGGAGCCCAAGAAGGCUUGGGAGGAAUUCAUGUCGCUGUGCCAGGAUUCAUUGGUCAAACUCAAGCAGCUCUGCUCGAAAUGGGAUGAGUUCGAUUCGAUCAUUGAGGAGCUUGAUAACUGGAUGAAGAAUGUCGAAGCUGUGGUUAAGAAUCAGAACCUUAAGAGCACUGCCGAGGCAAAGAGUGCUCACCUGAAGCAACUGCAAGAGAGUGCCAAGGAUAUUGAGCGUCGUGGCGCUGCCAUCAAUGAGCUCAUGGAUCAGGGUCGUGAAAUUGAAGGUGAAACCGAUUUGAAUUUGAAAUUGUCCCGUCUCAACACGCGCUAUCAAACCCUGAAAAAUCUGUGCAAGGAAUCCAUUGCAAAGUACACCAAUUACGUCAAGGAUCACGACAGCUUUGAUAAGGACUACGAAAAGUUCAAGGAGGAUCUCCAAGCCUGCGUCAAUGAGCUGUCAAAGACCAAUGAGAUUGUCGGCGAUCAAAGUGUGUUGCAAGAACAACAGAACAAGUUGCGCGAGAUGUCCGACAAGCGUAUUACCGACUCGACGAUCUUCGAGAGCCUCAUUGAUCGCGGCGAGAAGCUUUAUGGUCACACCAGUCCCGAUGGUCGUGAGAUCAUUCGUCAGCAGUUGCGCAAUUUGCGCACCUUGUGGGAUAACUACACGGAUGAUUUGAACUCAGCCACGCAUAAGAUUGAUCAGUGUCUGCUGCAGUUCAACGAGUUUAGCAUUGCACAGGAUCAGCUGACCAAGUGGCUUAAGGAUGUCGACAAGGCCAUGCAGAGUCACACCGAACCAAAGACAACGCUGCAGGAGAAACGCGCUCAGUUGCAGAAUCACAAGCUGUUGCAUCAGGAGAUCACCACACACAAUGUACUCGUCGACAAUGUGUGCGACAAGGCACAACUAUUGGUAGAUCAAAUUAAGGACAACUCUCUGAAUGUCUAUUUGCAAUCGAUUAAGCAAUUGUUCCAGAAUAUUGUGCAGAAAUCCGAUGAAAUCCUUCACAAUUUGGAGGGCUGUGUGCAAAAGCAUAAUGACUUGAAUAAUGCCCUUAAUGCGGCCAAAACAUGGAUAUCUAAUGAGAAGGCAAAGCUCCUCGAAUGCGACGAUGCUUAUGGCGAGAAAGCAGAUAUUAAACGCAAGAUUGAAACCCUUGGACAGUUGGCUCAAAACAAACCACAGGCCAUGAAUCUUAUUGCCGAUAUUCGUUCACAGUUCGACAAUGUUAAACCAGCUACGUCUGAGAAGGGCAUUGAGGUGCUUGAGAAGGAAAUUGAUGAGCUGGAGACGACUAUGAAGAGUCACUUCGAUGACAUCGAAGGCAUCGAGGGCAAGCAAAAGGAUGUGCUUGCACAGUGGGACAAAUUCGAGAGCAAUCUCGAGGAGCUCACCAAGUGGUGUCGCAGUGCCGAAGCCGUUUUCCGCGAUCAACAACUCAAAUCGACACUCCACGAAAAGGUCGAGCAGAUGGACAAGUAUAAGAUUCAGCGUGAACUCAUCCUGCAAAAGGAGAAGGAAAUCGACGCCUUCGGCGAUAUGGCCCAUUCGUUGCUCAAUAAUAGCGGUGCUGAUCGACUGAAGACGUUGACAACGCAAAUUACAAAUCGUUAUCAACUGCUCCAAGUGCUCAGCAAGGAGGUUGUUAACCGUUGGUCCAAUCUCGUUGAUGAUCAUCAGUUCUAUCAGGACAAAUACAACGAGGUGGACUUGUGGUUGCAACCCAUUGAAACGCAACUCGAGAAGGCGCUCAAGGAUGAACCUACGCAGAGCUCUAAUAUCUUGCAAGUGCUUUUGUCCGAAAAGGAGCAAGCUGAGAGCCUGUUUGCUGCUCUGAAUGCUGCUGGCGAAAAGGCUCUGCCCGAAACAUCCACACAAGGUCGAGAGAAGAUUCGCAAGGAUCUACGAGAUAUACGCGAUCGUUGGGACAAACUCGACGAGGGCAUUCGCAAUCUGGAGAAACGCCAGGAAGCCCAAACUGUGCAACUGUCUAGCUAUCAGGAUAUUCUCAAUCAAACCGUCAACUGGCUCGAUCAGGUCGAAAAGUUGUUGCACAACGAGAACCCCGCCAGCUGGACUAAUGCCCAGGAGAUACGCUCCAAACUGUACAAGUAUAAGGCUACCAAUCAGGACAUCAAUUCGCACAAACGCAUUGUGGAAGCCGUUAACGAGAAAGCGGCCACGCUGCUGACUACCGCUGCUCCUGCCAAUGCCGAUGAGAUUGCCAAAUCCAUCGCCGAAGUCAACAAACGGUAUCAGCAAGUUGGUCAGGAUUGUGGCAAGCUUGUGGCCGAUCUGGAUGCCGCUUUUGAUGUGUACCAGCAAUUCAGUGAGUUACAAAAGGCACAACAGGAUUACCAGAAGAAUCUCUGGGAUCGUUUGACUGGCUACUCCGAUUACUCUGGUAACAAGGCAGCGCUGCAAGCGCGUCUGCAAAAGAUCAAUGAAAUACAGGAUGCACUUCCCGAGGGCGUAGCCAAACUGAAGGCUUUGGAGGAGCAUAUCGAGAGUCAUGCCAGCAACAUUCCAGCACGCUCCAAGGAAGCCAUGACACGUGACUUGGCCAAUUUGCAUGCAGACUUCGAGAAGUUUAGCGGUUCGUUGUCGGAUGUGAAGAGCGGUCUCGAGAAUCGUUUGCAGCAAUGGAAUGACUACGAGGUCGACUUGGAUCGCUUGAUCAAUUGGCUGGGAGAAGCGGAGAAUGCGCUCAAGAACUACAAUUUGAAGUCAUCGUUCGAGGAGAAGGAAGAGCAAUUGAAUCGUUUCCAGUCUUUGACACAGAAUCUGCGUCAAAACGAGGCAGACUUUGAGAAGAUGAAGGAUGACACCUCAGAGCUUGUGCAGAGUUCUGGAGAGACUAGGAUCGCUGUCAAUGUGCAGCAAGUUUCUUCCCGCUUCCAGUCGAUUCAGGCUACGGCUAAGGAGAUUCUUAAGAAAUGCGAACAAGCUGUCCAAGAUCACGGACACUUCAAUGAAAAGUACAAGCAAUGCUCCGAUUGGUUGGCCAAUGCUCAGGCACGCUACGAUGACUGCAGUGAUCUGUCAACGGUGGCAUCCCGCGAUGAUCUGCUCAAGAAACAGCUGAUUAUCCAGGAGCUUUUGGCUCAACAGCCCACAGCGACUCAACUUUUGAACAGCACUGUAGAGCUGGGCGAGAAAUGCUAUAGCUCCACUGCAACCGAAGGCCGUGAAGCUAUUCGCAGUCAACUGGAUGAUUUGACGUUUGAUCAGUUGUUCGACAACAUUGCCAGCACUGCUCGGAAGAUUCAGGAUAAGAUUGCCAGAUGGUCGGGCUUCGAUGAGACCGCUGACAGUCUGAAGAGCUGGUUGAUCACUGUGGAGCAAGAGUUGCCCGCUGAAAUUGAGUUGAAGACUACACUCGAUGAGAAGCGCAACAAAUUGCAGUCAUAUCGCGAUAUUGUCAAUGACAUUAAUAACCAUCAAGUUGAGGUGGGCAAUCUUCAGGAGAUUGCCGCCAAUUUGCCAGAGAAAACCGAACAUGUUGAUCAGAUUCUUAAGGACAUCACUGAUCGCUUCGGCAAGCUGCAAAAACGCGCCCAAGGCUACGUGGAACGCUACGAGGGCAUUGUGAGUGCCCAUCAACAGUACUCAAAGGCGGUCAUGGAUGCCCAAGAGUUUAUCGAUGCCACCCAGAAUACUGUGCACUAUUGGGGCGAUCUGGAUUUGGAGCAAACAUCAUUGCAUACCAAUCUCGAUCGUCUAAAGAAUCUGAAGGCUAGUCUGGCUGAUGAAUUCCCACGUGUUGAUCAAGUACGUGCGCUGGGCGAGAAGGUUAUACCCGGCACUGUUGAUGUGGGACAAGUGAACAUCAAGUCUCAGAUUGAUACCACACAACAGGAAUGGGAAGGUCUUCUGGCGGCUAUCAGUUCUACCAUUGAAGCCAUUGAAUCGAGACUACAGCAAUGGUCAGAGUAUGAGCAAUUACGUGAUCAAUGCUUGGCUUGGAUUCGCGAUACCGACAACGAUUUGCAUGCCAUUGAUCUGAAGGAGGAUCUGCCCAAGAAGCGUGCGCAACUGGAUGCGUUGAAGACGUUGCAGGGCGAUGUACGUGCCAAGGAAUUGGAAGUGGACAAUGUUACAGAGAAAGCACAAACUCUGCUCAAGGGAGCCACGACAACAAGAGCAUCAGGUCCCGAGUUGGUGACCAAAUAUCAGCAAAUCUUCCACAAGGUCAAGGACUUGAACAAUCGCUGGCAACAAUAUGUUAGCUCGCACGAGGACUUUGAUAAUUCAAUUUCGGAAUGCUCAUCGUGGAUCAAUGACAUUAAGGAGAAGUUGGACUACUGCUCCGACAUGUCCUCGAUGAGUCCCAAGGAACUGGACAAAAAGUUGGCCACCAUACAGGAUGUUAUACUGCUUAAGGAUGAAGGCUCAGCUCGUGUGCUGAAGAUCUUGGAGCAGGCACAACAUGUGCUGGCCAACACAGCUCCUGGUGGACAUGAGGCCAUCAACAAGGAGCUGUCUGACCUGCAGGAUUUGUGGUCCGGCAUUGCUCUGCGUAUUAUGGAUGUCAAGGCAAAUCUGGAUGAUUCCAUUACACAAUGGUCUGGUUUCUUGGACCAAGUGCAGAAUGUGCGCAAGUUCAACGAAUGGUUGGAUACGCUGCUCAAGGAAUUGGGUGAGCACCAAACCACAAUGACAGAGAAACGUGCACAGCUUGACCGUGUGAAGUCCACGGAGGAGAAGGUGCGUGUUGAAAAGAUCGAUGUGGAUGCAUUGAAGAUUCAAGCCAAGGAAAUGAUUGCAAGCGGUCAGCAGAGUCAGGCGGCCUUCCAAGCUCAGAAAGUGCUCGACACUUUUGAUGAACUGUUCGGCAAGACACAGAAAUUGCUGUCGAAUCGUCAGGAUCAGUAUCGUGAUCAUCGCCUGUUCAAGGAAGCCUACGAUGAUCUGGUUAGCUGGAUUAGUCGCGCUCGUGAGAAGUUCCCUGCCUUGAAACAGAGCAGUUUGAGCGACAAAUUGGCCAUUGAGAAUGCUGUUCAAGCGACUGAAGCGCUGCUCAAUAAGCAGGCACAGGGUGAACUCCUAGUGGAGCAUUUGGUUCACACAGGUGAGGUUGUUCUGGCAAGUACGUCGACGCAAGGCCAAGAGAUCAUACGCAAUGAUAUACGCGCCCUACGUGAUAGCUUCGAGAGUUUGUUCCGCGAAAUCAAUCAGCAGAAGGAGAACUUGGAAGUUACCAUGGUGCAAUGGCGUGCAUAUAAAGAGGAGUAUGAACGUCUCAUGGAAUGGCUGCAACAAAUUGACAUACUUGUGAAGAACCACAAACUCAACCUCUGUCCCAAUUUGCCCGACAAGGAAAAACAGGUCGCCGACAUGCGUGACGUCAUGGCACGCCUCGAGAAGGGCAAGGAUGAUAUUGAUAGAUUCAAUGCCUCAGCUGCUGGUCUACUUAAAUCUCAUUUGGAUAGCUAUGUCAACAAUCAGCUGCGACACUUAAGCUCCAUGUAUCAGGUUCAGGUGAAUCUGGGCAAGGAUGUGCUUAAGAAGGUGGAAACAAAUCGUGAUCAGCAUCGUGAAUACGAUGCUAACAUGAAAUCGGCCAAGGAAUGGAUUGCCAAUGCCAAGCAAACAAUACAAUCCGCAGGCGAGGGUGCAGGUUCCAAGGAGGCCCUGCAGCGUCGCCUGGAACAAAUCCAGGACUUGAUACGCAAUCGUGAAGUGGGCCAGAACCUGGUGCACACGGCCAUUAACAAUGGCGAGAAGAUCAUCAGGAACACACGUUCUGAUGGUCGCGAUGCUAUUAACAAUGAGAUGAAGGAACUGCAAACCGACUGGGAUCGCUUGGUCAACAAAAUGUCAACGGCUAAGGUGCAGUUGGAAACGAAUCUACUGCAAUGGGCCGACUACAGCUCCAGCUAUUCGCAGCUGCAGCAAUGGAUUACCGACAGGGAGGCGAAAUUGCAACAGGCUUGCGAGCAAAAGAUUAUCAAAUCGCAACGUGGUCAACCUGGUCUCAGCAGUGGCUUAAGCGAACGCAAGGCCAACCUGCGACAGACCAACAACAUUGUCCAGGAUAUUGUCUCCUUCGAGCCAAUGAUUCAAUCCGUCACCUCAAAGGCAUCGGACUUGCAGCAAGGUGCACCAGCCACUGAAAUCAAUGAUAAGUACGAGAACCUUACCAAACAGGCCAAGGAUCUGUAUGCUAAGCAGAAGAAUACUAUCGAUAGCUAUCAGGCUUUGAUUGAUGCGGGCAAUGAGUUUGCCACCUGGUUGCGUAAUGCAAAGGAACGGCUGAGUAAGUGCGCCGAGCCCACGGGCGAUAAGCAAGCACUUGCGGAGAAGACACAUCAGCUGAAGAUUCUGCAGGGCGAAGUACCAGAAGGUUCAACGAAGCUGCAAAAUGCCUUGGCUCAGGGUGAAAUUGCUUGCCGCACAGCCGAGCCCGAGGAUUGCGCGAUUAUCGAAGAAGAAGUUGCGUUGCUGCAAGAGGAAUUCGAUGCGUAUGUGGAAGCACUCAACAAGGCCAAGGAUUACUUGGAAGUGGGAAUUGUCAAGUGGUCCGACUACCAAGAUCAAUACACCGAAGCGCUCGAAUGGUUGACCAAGACCGAAGCUCUGGUCCAGUCCUACAACAAGCUGCAAGAUAGCCUCACCCAAAAGAAGGUGGUGCUGGAGCAGUUCCAGGGUCAUCUCCAAACACUCUUCGAUUGGCAAAAGACAUUGGAUCAUCUGAACAUGAAGGCUCAAGUGCUUUUGGAGACUUGCUCCGACACACGCAUCAGUAAUGCCAUCAUGCAGUUGACCACCAAGUAUAAUGCACUGUUGACACUGGCAAAGGAGGUGAUGCGACGCCUGGAGAUGCACUACCAGGAACAUCAGCAGCAUCACACUCUCUACGAAGAGUGCCAGUCGUGGAUCGAGAAUACACGCGAGAAACUCGCAGAUUGUGAGCAGAUUCCUGGCACUUUGAAUGAGGUGCAAAUCAAGUUGAACACCGUCAAGAAUUUGCGUCAAGGUUUUGAAACUGGUCAGAACAAAUUGCGUUACUUGUUGGAGCUGAAGGAGAAGGUCAUCAUGAAUACGGAACAGAAUGGUGCAGCCAAAAUACAGGAAGACACCGAAGCACUCAAGCAGGACUUUGACAAACUGCUUGUGGAUUUGAAUGAUGUGCGCCAGAAGUUGGCCAAUCGUUUGGCUCAGCUCGAGGAGAUCUUCAAGUUGUACAAGAUACUGCUUGAAUGGCUUGAGGACAUUGAACCCAGUGUUAAGGCAAGUGAAGAGUAUCUGAAUGACUUAAGCGAAAAGCGAGCUGCACUGGAGAAAUUCCGUGUCACGCAACGUGAUAUCAAUGGACACAAUGAUAUCGUGGAAAAGAUCAAUGUGCGCUUGCGUGAGGACAACAGCCUGGACAAGAAUGACUUCCAGCCUGGUCUGAGCAAGUUUGAAGAUCUGCAAGCGCAGGUCAACAAGAUUAUCGAAUCGCUCGAGAAUCAAGUGAACAAUCACGAAAAGUACAAGCAUGCCUACAAUGAGCUGCAAGAUUGGCUGCGUCGCACUCGCAUCGAGGUGGAACAGUGUGCCGAUUGCCAUGGCGAAAAGGAUCGCGUUGAAGAUCGUUUGAAUCGUUUGGGCGACAUACAAUCCACUUCCAUGCAGGGCAAAUCGUUGCUGGAUGCUUGCGAAGAACUCAGCCAGGCGGUGAUUGCCACCAGCGGCAGCGAAGGUCAAGAUAAUGUGGCCCAAGAAAUUAAGCACUUGAAUAGUGAGUGGGAAACAUUGCAAGCUCUGUCGAGAGAUGCACGCAGCGGUCUGGAGUCAUGUUUGGCCGCUUGGCAGACGUUCCUGCAGAAAUUCAACAAGAUUAAUUUGUGGAUUGAUACAAUGAGCAAGCGCGUUGCCAAAUCUCAUGAAGGCGAUAACAAAACCCCCGAAGAUUUGGUCAAUGCCAAGAAACUGCUGGAAGAGGUGCUCGCUGAGAAGGAAAAUGUCGAGGAUUUGAACGACAACUGCGAGCUACUCAUGGAACAAAGCGCCUGCACUCGCAUUCGCGAUCAAACCAUUGAAACUCAAGCCAACUAUACUAAAUUGUUGACUGCCGCCCAGGGUCUGGUUGCCAAGAUUGAGAAGAAUCUGUCGGAUCACACUGAGUUCCUUAAUUACAAGAACGAAAUGGAUGCGUGGAUUGAGAAGGCACAGCAAGUGCUCAAUGAUUGCACCAUUGAUGGAAAUGCCCAGGCUAUUGCCCAAAAAAUGGAGACAGUUAACUCUCUGUCCUCGCAUCUGCCUGAGGGUCAGCAUUUGCUUGCCAUGGUGCAGGAUGCCUACUCGAAGGCCUCUAACAUUACACCCGAGGAUAAGCAGGAGAAACUGCGUGAUCUGAUGACAAAGGUACGUGAGGAUUGGGAUGCCCUGGGUCUGGCUGUUAAACAGAAGCUCAGCGAUUUGAAGCAAGCACAAAACCGCUGGAAUGACUUUGCUGUCAACAAAGAUAAACUCGACAAGUGGCUGGUCGAAACAGAGAAGACAUUGAAGACACCUCCAGAGACCAAGGGCGAGUUGAGUGAGAUGAAAACACUCUUGGAACGCUACAAGACACUGUCCAAUGAACUCAAGCAGAAGGGCAACGAUCUGGAACAUCUUAUGUCGGAGGCACGCGAUCUGGGCACCGAAGUGGAUGCUGUGAAUCGUCUGCAAUCCCGUUGCGAUAAACUGAAGAACGAUUGUGCUGCAUACAUCAAGGACUUGGAGCAAGAGAUGCUCGACUAUAAUGCAUACCACCAGAGUCUGCAAGAUGUAGAGAAAUGGUUGCUGCAGAUCUCCUUCCAGCUGAUGGCACACAAUUCUCUCUUCAUUUCAAAUCGUGAACAAACCCAGGAGCAAAUCAAACAGCACGAAGCGCUGCUUGGUGAAAUUCAAAAGUAUCAGACCAAUUUGGAUGAUCUAAAUGCCAAGGGACAGGCGCAAAUUAAACGCUAUGAACCCUCAACUCGCGAAAUACGUCCAACUGUUGAGUCGCAGCUGAAGAACAUUCAGGACAGCUAUAACUCAUUGUUGCAGACAUCAGUGCAAAUUAAGAAUCGUCUCUUGGAGUCGCUUGCUAAGUUCCAGGAGUACGAAGAUACGCUGGACAACAUUAUGCGCAAUCUGGAGACCUACGAGCCAAUCAUUCAAACGGAACUUGAUGCCCCGGCUACAAGCUUGGAGUUGGCACAGAAUCAACUCAAGUGUGCCCAGGAUAUGCAGCAAAAGCUGAAUAACGAAAAGUCCCGUCUGGCAGCCGCUGUGCAAGCUUGUGAGGCAGCCACAGCGUCGAUCAGUCGACCAAGCUCUCCUCUAGAGACAGCUAUGCAUGCGAUACCCGAACGUGAACUGAUGGUGCGCGCCAAGCUAGAAGAUUUGCUGGAUCAGCCAACGCCAAAUACUCAGAGCUCAACGAAGAAUGUCGAUGAAGAUGGUGAUGAUGUCGAUGACGUUGAGCUCAGCGAAGUGAAUGAGGCGUUAAUGGAUCCAAUUGCUCACGAGCGUAUUACGAACUAUCGUCGUAUAGUACGCUUGAAUAGUGCACACGUGAGCAAGCUGAAUGCACUUGUCGCUAAGGUGCAAUCCCACUUGGGUGGUUUGACUGCAUCCGUUAGCGAGCUGGAGCAACAGCAGAAGCAGCGCGCUGAACUGCAGGAUUGGGUGAAGAAACAACAAGGCUCAGUCGCCGACUGGCUGAUGAGGCCUUGCAAGCUACGCUCUGAGGCCGCACAACAAGAACUGGUGUCUAUGAAUGAUCUGCUCAAUUCCAUUGGCGAUAAGCGUUCCCAGCUUAUGCUGGAAAUGACGGGAUCAUUGGGUGAUGAGGACACCGAUCUGGAUGAUAACAUCGAUAAGCUGGAAUCAGAGCUGAUGGACGCCAUUGCCAAGAAGCAGGCGGGUCAGAAUGUCAUCGAUGGCUAUCGCCAGGGCAUGCAGGAUGUGCAGAAUUGGUUCGAUUCAUUGAUUAAGCGUAUGGAUGUGCUCGAUCGCGGCUCUGGCCUCAAUUGUGCCCAGAAGAUGGCUGCCAUCAAUGAGAUCAAGAACGAGUAUGAAUUGCAAGGACAUCCCAAGAUCCAAGAGCUCAAGGGCAAGGCAGCUCAAGUCGCUGAGGUGAUUAGCAACCUAGAUGGCCAACAAGUCGAAGAGCAAAUGAAAUCGUUGGAUCGUCGCUUUGCUGAUCUUGGCAAGCGUAUCGAUCGCAAGGCUCAGCUGCUGGAUGUGACCAACAAGGGCGUUGAUGGCGCUAAGGGUGAAAUCGAGCAGCUCCAACUGUGGGUUAAGCAGCAAAUCGAUGAGCUGCAAGCUCCUGCUGCACUUGGAUUCACUCCUAAAGAUGCAGAGGCUCGUCAGCAGAAGAUUAAGAGCUUAAUGAAGGAUGCAGAGGCCAAGCAAUCGCUUGCCGAUGUGCUGGAGAAGCGCAUUGCCAACAUGCAGCCCGAACUGGAGUCUGCCGAGUACGCACAAUUGGAGUCUGCACUGCGUAAUCUUAACAGUGAGAAUCGCAACUUGUCUGGCGUCCUGAAGGCCGAGCUUGACAAAGCUUUGGAGGCAAGCAAGGCGCGUAAGGCGCUGGAGAAUGAUUUGGACAAGGCUCGUCAAUGGCUAAAAUCCAAAAUAUCCGAAGUGCGCAAAUUGCCAGUUUAUCAUCCAUUGACCUCUGCAGAGAUUGAGAAGAAAAUCCAGGAGAACAAGAAAUACGAUGAUGAUGCCAAGCAAUUCAAUGAUAGCGUGCUAAGUGAUGUACAGCGUCAAGCGGCCAAUAUCAUGAAGGAUUGCGGCGAUGCUGACAAGGCGGCGCUUCAAAAGAUUCUCGAUGAAAUCGCAGCUGACUAUCAGACACUGAAGGAUGAGAGCGGCAAGCGCGGCAAGUCCUUGGAUGAUCUGCUUCAGGGUCGCAAAGCCUUUGAGGAUUCUAUGAAGAACAUGGGCGAUUGGUUAAAUGAAAUGGAAACCGCCACCGAAGGUGAAUUGCGUACCACCAGUUUACCAGUGUUGGAGGAACAGUUGGCGCACUACAAGAAGCUGCUGCAGGACGCCGAGAACAAGGGUGGACUUAUCAACGAUGUGUCCGAGCAGGGCAAGAGCAUCUUGCCCACGCUCAGCAAUGCCGACAAGCUAAAGCUCAACGAUGACAUUAAGAACAUGAAGGAUCGCUAUGCACGCAUCAAGCAAACGAUUGAUGAUCGCACUAACACCUUGGGUGAUCACAUCAAGAAGUACAAGGAUGCCAAGAAUAGAUUGGCUGAUUGCAGUCAAUUCCUUGGCACCAUUCAGCAGCGUUUGCGUGAACUCAAUCGUCCGAUUGGCUCACGAAUUGAGGAUGUGCAAGAUCUGUUGGGCGCCUAUGAAGGCAUUCUCAAGGAACUCAAGGACAGCAAGCACAAAAUGGGUGACAUGCAAAUGGAUGAUCUGCCCGAACUCCAAAGCAUUCUGAGCCAACAGGAUGACAUGAUCAAAAUGAUUGAGGAUCAAUUGGCGCAUCUGCGUCAACUGUUGCUGCUGCGCGAGCAGUUCAUUGCUUUGAUCAACGAGAUUAUUGCGUUCAUUAUGAAGUACACUGAUGUCAUCAUCGAUAUCGAGAACUCGCCCGACAGCCUGGAGGAUAAGAUUAACAAGUACGACAAUGUGAUUGUUAAGAUUCAAGAGUGCGAAGGUUUGCUCGCUUCGGCCAACGAUAAGGGCCAAAAGAUUGCCUCCGAGGGCAAUGCUGCGGAUAAGAACAGCAUUACCGAGCAGCUGCAAUCGCUGAAGAAUCAAUUGCAAAAUCUCCGCAAGGCUGUUGAGUCGCAACGCCAGAAGCAUCAACUGCAGCUCGAAUCCCACAAGAAGAUGGCCGCCGAGUUGAGCGAUAUUCUCGACUGGUUGCACAGCAAUGAAGGUGCUGCCAAGUCACGUCCAUUGUUGGAUCGCGAUCCCGAGUCAGUGGAACGUGAACUGCAGAAACAUCAUGCACUCAGCAAGGAAAUUGAUGACCAUUUGCAGAAGUUCAACAAAAUCAACGACAGCGUCAAGACAGAGUUGGGCAUGCCCAGCUCUCUGCUGGAGAUGCUCUCCGAGGGUCGGUCGCUGGUCGCCUCGCUGCCCCACGAGUUGGAGGAGCGCGAAAAGUACUUGAAGAACAAUCGUAAUUCGCGUUUGGAGUACAUGCAACUUGUGGCCAAAUUCAACGAUUGGGUCCACGAGGCUGAGCUUCGAUUGCAGAACAGCCAGCAUGGCAUUGACUACGAGCAUCUGGUGCAUGAUCUGGAUGAACACAAGAUCUUCUUCAGCAACGAGGCACCCAUUCGUAAUUUGGUGCACAAGCAAAUCCAGGAGGCAUCCGACAAGAUCUGGUCCUCAUUGAACAACUACGAGCAAUCAGAGCUGUCCGCCGAAUUGGCACAGUUCCAGACCAAGUUGGCCAACACAUUGGCCAAUGCCAAGACCCAGCAAAGUGAGCUCGAAAAGGAAGCGGAACGCUGGCGUGAAUACCAACAGUCCAUCGAUCGCGUCAAGGCCACCAUCGAACGCACCAAAUUCAGCGAUGAGCCUGUACAGAAUUUGGCUGGUCUUCACUUUAAUAUUCAGAAGCUGUCGCAUGCCAUUGGAAAUGUACAGAGCCAAAACAGCGAUCUAUCGCUUGUGAACCAGCAGGCACAAUCCCUGAUAAGGCAAGCCGACGCCCGCAAUCGUCAAUUGAUUGAGCAGGAUAACGCGAAUUUGAAUCGCAGCUGGCAGGAUCUGGUGCGUAGCCUGGAACAGCGACGUGACAAUCUGCAACAGUUGGCCGAGCAUUGGGAUACAUUUGAGAAUAGCCUGCACGACUGGGAGAAGGCAUUAGGACGUUUGGCCGAUAAGUUCCGCAAUGUCGACCCAACUGUAAGGUCCCGACGUCAUUUGGAAGAUACAAAGAAUGCCAUUCAGGAACUGCGUGAGGAAUCAAAUGAACUUAAAUCAUCACAUAAAGAAAUCGAGGCGCUCUCAAAAUCCAUCCUCACAUUCCUUGGGGAAGUACACAAACCCUCGGCGGAGGCCAUACAGGCCAAAGUGGAUAAGUUAGUUGAACAGCAAUCAAAAUUGAACGAUACAUUACGCGAUAAGGACCAACAAGUUAGCAAGGAUCUCGAGGAGAUCGAACAAGUGUUCCGCCGCAUCUCGCAGCUGCAGGACAAGUUGAACGCACUGCACGAUCAAUUGCAAUCCGUACACGUCUACGACGAACACAUUGCCCAAACGGAACAAGCACUCAUCACAAUCAACAGCCAGGUGAAACAGGCAGCCGAAGAAAGUCGCGCGCUUGUCGCACAAACGCAAACGCUCUAUCAAACCAAACAGAAUCUAUUGCCCAGCGAUAUUGCCCAAGAGUUUACCGCACUCGAACUGUUAGCGGAACGCGUGCAGGUAGCCAUGGAGACCAAAGAGAAGGAUUUCAAGCGCGCCAAGACCGUUCGCACCGAAUAUCUUGCCGGUGUCGAUGAGAUUCAGCGCUGGCUUAUGCAGGCCGAGGUUCAGGUGCAAGAGCGCACCUUGGAGCCGACACAGAUGAAGGAGCUGCUGCAGCGUAUCAAUCAUGAAAUCGGCACCAUUUACGAACGCUUUACGCUGGUCAAGACCAACGGACAGCUGAUCAUUGAGAAUAGUCGCAACAGCGAGGAGAAGACGCUGGUGCAGACAACAAUCGAUCAGUUGGCCGCUCAAUUGGCCCAGGUGCGCGGUUGGUUGGACGAGAAGAAACAGGCUGUGGGCGAUAGUUUGGAUGCAUGGACACGUUUCAUGAAUCUGUAUCAAAUUGUGAUGUCUUGGGUGGCCGAGAAGCGUACGUUCAUCGAUCAAACGAUUGAGCUGCGCACGUUGCCCGAGGCACGCAAUAAGCUGAAUGAUUAUGCGACGGCUGUGAAAAGUAUUAAACCGAUUGUGAAGCAUUUGAGCGAAAUGGACAAGGAACUGGAACACAUUGGUCAAGUGACAACUGUGGGCGAUCUCAAGGACAAGCUGCAGCAGGCUGAGGAUGCGAAGAUAUCCGUGGAAGCGGUGCUACUGGAGAGGAACUCACUGCUGCAGGAAGCCUGCGAGGAGUGGGAUCAAUGUGAACGCAAGAUCAAGGAUAUACGACAAUGGCAUGAAAAGACCAAACAGACAUUGGACUCCUCACCACAGCUGAAGAAACCCCUGCGCGAUCAACUGGGCUAUUGUGAAAAGACUCUGGCCGAUAUUAAUGUGCAAAAAACCAAACUAAGAUUGUCGAUUGAAAAAUUAGAGGUACACUUCCGCAAUGGCAUGGGUGGCGAUCCACGCCUUAGCGAGAACGUUGACGAUUUGGUGCGAUUGCUUGAUGGACUUGGCGAUGUGGUUAAGACCAAAUCGCAGAGCCUCGAGCAAACGUUGUCCCAAAUCGAUGUGUAUCAACAACAAAUGCAAACGCUUCGCCAGCGUAUCAUACAGGAGGAGCAGCAACUGCGCCUCGUUAUGGCGCCUACGUACUUGCCACACGAUCGUGAGCGCGCAUUAGCCGAGCAACAGGCAAUGCGACAAUCAAUCGAUGGCAUGCAGCAAACGUAUGACGCAACCGCCGCCCAAUCCUAUGCUCUGGAUCCACAUUCAGUGGUAACCACUUCAUCAACUGUCUCGUUGCUUAUGAAGCCAACGGCAGUAGGUCUAACCUAUGCUGAAGUGUUAUCAGGACAUGCGAGUCCGGUAAGCGGUAAUGAAUCGGCAACGACAAUGGCGACAAUAGCGACAACAUCGACACAACCAAGACAAGAAAAACGCGACACGACCACGACAAUAACGACAAGGCAACAACAACAACAAUCGAACGUAAACCAAGAACAAACCUUUAUUACUACAACCACCACAACAACGACAAGAACAACACGCACAUUUGAGGAUGAAUCAGAAACAUCUGAAUCGAGCACUCAUUUACCCACUGUGGUCUAUGAAAGGAAGCAACCUCAACAUGUUACACCAUCCAGCAGCAUCCAUGUGUCCUCUGACUAUGAGGAAACCACUGAUCCAAUUCAAAUUGUAACCACAACUAUUACAGCAGAUCAACAAGUUCCUACUAGCAAUACCAAUCUUCAGUUUAUCGAAAGCGAGCAACACCAUUCAUCAUAUGCGGGUAAGAAAUUGCAAGCGCCGCGUGCUGAACGUCGUGGGCGUUCUCCCAGACGUCGACGUGAGCCGCAUGUGGAGCAACAACAACAACAGCAACAACAACAGCAUCAACAACAACGACAUCAACAGCAACUCUACGUGCCACAGGAGGAGCGUGCACGUUCUCGUAGCCCGAUUUGGGUACCCGGUUCAACCUCCUAUGCAGAGGUGUUGCGUGGUCUUGAAUUGGAGCGCUUGCAAGCCGAAGAGUUGGCCAGACAAGCAGCAGCAGGUCAGGCUCAGCCUCAUGUGGAUCUGACCAUACAGGAUGUAAUAGAUGCCAGCUAUGUGUCACAAACAAAGCCUCAACCUGUCGAGCAAUUUGUUAGUCAAGUCGAGCCCGAUUUGAGCUAUGUUCAGCAACAGGAGCAGAAACAGCAACAGCAGCUUUCUAGCUAUGAAGUACCCAUGACAGCCGAGGAGAUAACGGCAACGUAUUUACAGCCAGAUCCACAGCUCUACCAGACCAUGUAUGAGAAUGUAGCUGAUAGCGGCCAGUGGGGCUAUGUCUCCACCGAACCAAGCAGCGAUCAACAGCUGCAACAACAGCAGCAGCAACAGCCGAAUUACUAUGAUCCUAUUAUGCAGAUGCAGUAUCCAAUACAGUAUCAGCCGGUGGCUGUGCCACCAGCAGCAACCACAGGUUAUCAAGUGUUAGCUGGUUACUAUCCGCCCAUGGAGAACUAUCCAUCGCAGGUGUAUUACACUCAACAAACAGAAUACACACAGGAAUAUCAACAGCAGGAACAACAACCAACUCAAUCAGAGCUUAAUCCAGAGGUUGCUGCUUAUCAACCAGAAAUUGUGGAACACUCAUAUAUACUUGAGCCAUAUCGCACAGAUAUCAACCUAACGGGCUCUUCGACAACAGGUAAUAGUGUGCUUGAUCGUGUGGUCACCACACUGGCAUCCAUGGUGCAACAGAGUACCGAACCUCUAACUACAAGCACACAACAGAUACAACCUACUGUUGUUACACUACAUCAGGAACCUGAGCAGGUUUACAUUGAGGAGCACGUGCAGAUGUUGCGUCCUGUAGAACCACAGGAAUUUGAAAUGAAUGAGCCACGUCCUGAUAUAACUUUUGGUCAAUUUGAUGUAGAUGCUAUUGAGACCAUUCCCAUUGAAUUAGCACAGCCUCAGCAACAACCUCAGCCUCAACUACAAUUUGAUCAUCAACUACAACAAGCACCGCAAUCGCAAAGUCACACGACAGUGACGACAACGCGAUUUGUGGAGGAAACGAUUCACUCGCAACAGACAGAGCCAACUGUGAUAGCACCGACGACGCCGGAAAUCGUAGCAGCCCAAGAGACUGUUCUAGUAGUACGUCCUAAAGUGCAAGAGCCCAAUCAGAAUCAGCAAAAGCAACAACAAAGUCAAGAUACAAGUGCUGGCAGCACGUAUGCAGAAGUGCUUUUUGGUCAAUUACAUCGAGCACAACAUCCAGUUUUCCAGCCAUCCAGUCAACAGCAACAACAACAGAUCCCAGUACGUAUAGCUGCCCCUUUGCCGCAAAUUCGCAAUGCUGAUCAUGCAACAACCACUAAACACACAACAAUUACCACCAUAAAGAGUCAACAACAAGCAAAACGUCCAGAAAAGUCUCUUGAUGUUGCUACUGAAAAGAUUUCCAGGCCAAAACGACAACGCCAUGAGCCACAACCGGAACUAUUGCCAAUCAAGGUCAGCACCAGAAAGGAGACAAAAACGAACCGUAAACAUAAAUCUCCCGAAACAAAUGGUGCUAAUGUUGAGCGCACAAUUAUUGUGGAAGAUGUACCUUCUGAGGUUAUCCAAGUCGAGGAGCCUCAAAGACACCCGGAGCCUAAGAGCCGCAAGUCUAAAAAAACUAAAAAGCCAGCGGAACAGUUAGUUGAAUCAUCCACUGAACCAGAGUUGAGUUCAAUCGAAAGGGUGGUUGAAACCACAACGAAAACAAUUACAAAGACUGUGACUACGCCAACUGUUGAAGUUGUCAAAACGGAAAUUUCUAUUACACCGGAAACAACAGCAGUGACUUCCUCUGGACCGAACAAAAAAGAUAGAAAGAAGCACACACCAAAGGAAAAAAUAGUUGAGUCAGUUGUCGAGAUCAUUCAAAAGGCAGAAAUUUUGCCAGUUGUAGAGCCAACCAUUGAACCAACUACGACAGCAUCGAAGAAAGAUAAGAAGUCCAAAAAUGUGGUUGAAACAAUAACUACUACCACAAAACGUGUUCAGCCAGUUGUGAAGGUUGUUGAACAACUAGAAACUGUUUCCGUAGUUGAGGAACCGAUUUCUGAACCAAGUCCUGUUCCCAAUCAAGCAAAGAAGAGCAAAAAGAAGUCCACAACAAUUGUAGAAACCACUACAACCACAAACGACAUUGUAAAGCCAAUUGAGGUCGCUGGCAAAGUUGAAGGUCUUGUUGAACCAACGCCUGUUCCAGCACCUUCUAAAAGGGAUAAGAAGAAGACUACAACUGUUGUGGAAACCACGGCCAUUAUAGAACAUAUUGCUAAACCAGCUGAGGUUAUUGAACAGGUUGAAGCUGCGGUUGAAACAACUCCUGAGUCGACUCCUGUUCCAUUAUCUGUUUCACCACCUUCCAAAAAAGACAAAAAGACUACGACUGUUGUGGAAACAACGACACUCACGAACGAUAUUGUGGCACCUGCUGAAGAGGUGAUUGAAUCAACUCCUGAACAAGUUCCCGCUCAAGCUCCUAUUUCAGCUCCUUCUAGAAAAGACAAGAAAAAGUCCACUACUGUUAUGGAAACUACGACUACUACAAAGGAAAUAGCAACAGCAGUCGAGGUUAUUGAACCUGUUAUUGAACUAGCUCCUGCACCAGUUGCUGAAGCAGCGCCUCUACCAGUUGCUGAACCAGACCUGGCAGCAGCUCCAACAAAGAAGGACAAAAACAACACCACAACUUCAGUGGAAACUACGACGAUUUUCAAGAAUACAGUUGAGCCAUCUCUUGAGAUUGUAGAACAAAUUAAUAUUGUGCCCAUUGAGGAACCAGUUAUCGAAAAGAAAAUUGUGGAAUCAACUAUUGAGAAAGAAGAGAAACCUAAGAGCAUAGGUAUAUCAAAGAAGGAUAAAAAACGCGAAAUGAUUCAAGAUACAGUUCAAGUGGAACAAAAGUCAACAGAGACGGCAACAAAUGGAGUUGAAAUCGUUGAGUCAAUUGUUAGUGAUCCCGUGAAUCAGAUAGCUACCAAUACGCAGAUCACAGAAUUUGUAGAGCCAGAGGUGUCUUCCAUUAUUUUGGUAACUGAGCCAAUAUCAACGAUUGCCACAACCGAAACAAAUGACACUUUUAUAGAAAGUGACCCUGUGAUUACCACUUCCACUAACACGAUUUCAACGGAUAGUGGUACUACUACUAUAACAACCAGAACUAUAACCAAACAUAUUACUAAGCGUAUUGUAAAGCGUAUUGUCGAUGGCAAAGAGGAGAUCGUUGAAGAAGAUGUCAUUGACGAUUUGCCAGAGGAGAAUAUUUCUGUGGAGCAUUAUGAGCUUCCUGCAAUUGAAUCGACAACUUCAACUCCUGUUUCACUGCCUGGACUUUCUGCAACGCAGGAUACAACUGUGGUUCAAGGUGGAUCCAUUACAAAGACCACAAUCACCAAGACGAAACGCAUUCUGAAACGAAUAACCGCAAAUGGUGAAGAAGUGGUGGAAGAGGUCUUUGAGGAUGAGCCCGAAGUGGAACGUGAUGUCACCCUACUUCCGACAACAGUUCUCACAUCGACAAACGUCAGUGUUGAAACACAAUCGAGUGUGUCACAGGAACAAAUUCGUGAUGCUGCUGAAAGUGCCAUUGAGGAGAUUGUAGAUAAGGCUGAAAAGUUAACUGAGCCACAGAAGCCAUCACGUAAGGACAAAAAUAAGCCAGAGACUAGUUCCAUAGUGAAGGAAACUGUUGAUUUUAUUGCGGCUGAGUCAGAGCAGAAACCACACAAACCAAGUCGUAAGGAUAAGAGAAAGAAGCAGAUCAAAUCUGAGAGUGAAGAAGUUAAUCCAAAUAAUAAUGAUGCCAUAACAAAACUAGAAAGUCCUAUCAUGCAAAAUGUAGCCGAAAUUACCGAGCCACAAGUACCACUAGAAACCACAGAGCCCCUGAAUACAACAAGUGCAAUUUCCAUUGAUAUAAAUCAACCUCUGUCCACGGAGACGUCUGCUAACAGUGAUGAUGGUAGUCUCGUUAAGACGACCGUGAUACGAACCACAAAGAUCGUAAAGAAAAUCAACCAGCAAGAUGGCCAAGAAAUGUCGACUUCAACACAUUCAGAUGUACCCUCAUUGGAUUCGUUUGAACUCCUCGAAAAAACUGUCGAAUCACCUAAGGUAGAGAAAUCUGAGAUGAAUAGUCGUGAAAUCAGUGACGAGGGUGUUGUUAAGACAACUAAGACAACAACAAUUCGUACAAUUAAAAAUACUAAAAAUGAAGCUGACAAGGAAGUUCUAACAGAGAGUGCAAGUGAAGUGGAAGUUAUUCCCGAAUCUCCAACGACUGAAGAUACUGUACAAAGCGAAGAUGGUUCUGUGUUAAAGACCACAACAGUGCGCACGACUCGAAUCGUUAAGAAAAUUGCCAAUGACGGUGAAAAUGUCAGCGAAACGAGCAGCUUGACUGAGCCCAUUGUUGAAUCCAUCAUCCACGAUGCACCAAUUGUAGCAGAAUCUGUGACCACUGAAUCAAACAGUGAGGGUAUCACAAAGACUAUAACCACGCGCACCACUAAGGCUGUAAAUAAAUCAAUUUUAACCGAAUCUGUGGACGCGCCUGUUUCUGAACAAAUUGUUUUUGGAGCGGAGCAAACUGUCGAACAACCCCCUAUUCCAAUGGAAAGUGUAGAUAUUAAAACAUCUACAUUGGAUUUCAUUACUUCCGAACAACAGAAUAUCGUACCAGUACCCGAUAAGAAGCCACGGAAAUCAAAGAAACAGAAGGAAGCUCCUCUUUCCAAAGAGAAACAAGAAACACCUGAAAUUCAGACAGUCCCAACCGAAGAGCUAGUUGCCACAACCGAGAAGCUGGUUGCUCCAUUUGUUGCGGAACCAAAACAAAAGAUUUUGCCUCAGGAAACACCUGAAAUUAAGGCAGUCCAAACCGAUAAGGUAGUUGCUCCACUUGUUGAGGAACCAAAACAAGACGUCUUGCCAACAGAACCUUUCUAUGAGAAUGCUGGCAAUGAUGUGGUCAAGACUACAAUCGUCAGGACAACGAAGAUUGUUAAGAAAAUCUCACAGAAUGUUGAUAGUGAGGCAGUGUCUGAAGUGGUAUCAACUCCGGAAAUGGAAAGCGAACAACCUGCUGAGCCCCUUGAAGUUGUUGAGGCUCCAAUAACUGAGGAUGCUGGUGGUGUAACAAAAACAACAACUGUGCGAACCACAAAGAUUGUAAAGAAGUUAAAUGAAGACGGCGAGACAACAACCGAGGAGAGCAGCACAAUUAGUGAACCAAUCACCGUUCGGGAAGGAUCUCCGACGAUUUCGGAAAUACCAAGUGAAGCGUCAACCACAUCUAGUCAAAUAGAUGGUGCCAUCAUAAAGACAACAACAAUUCGUACAAUGCGAAUAACCAAGAGAAUUACAAAUGACGGACGUAUAGUUCUUACGGAAAGUGACACACCAAGUGAUGUGGUUGUUACAUCUAGUAUUGAAAUGCCCGAUCAAAGACCAGUUAGUCCAGUGAUAGUAUCAAGUACAACAUCCCCUGUUGUCACUUCAAGCAGCGAACAGAAAUUCGAAAAUGUUGGUGUCAAUAUUGAGCUAGGUGUUAGGGACACUGCAAGCAAAUCCGGUGUUAAAGUUAUAGGCAUUGAGACAACAGAACUACCUACUACAUUAUACUCUGAGAAAACAACACAUAGUUCAACGAAUGGCGCUACAAACGAAACACACACUAUUGCCACUACUACGACAACUACCAAAAAUACGAUACUUACGACCACACAACGACGUAGCUUCGAAACCGAAGAUGGCACAAAUGUUCUUUUCGUGGGAGAAGGCAUUGACGGAGCCUAUCCACCAGGUACAGUUCAGAAAAUUUCGCUCAUUACUCAUGAGGAGAAGUUGAAGACUCCAAUCGUGAAAAUGCAUCUCGAUUUUCCGGAGGUUAGUCUCCGUGUGACUGAGACUGUCACUGAGAAUAUUGAGUCACUGCAAAGAACUGCCGAAUCGAAUACAUCUUCCUUAGUGGAGGUUGUAGAGUCUGUCGCCUCAGAUAUUGUAAAGCCCGUUAAUCCCAGCAUUUCUGUUACCUCUACUGAUACUGUUGUCACCUCUAGUGAGGAAUCAUCUUUGAAGGUAGCACAGAAAGACAAAGAGACUAAGGUUUCCAUAGAACAGGUUGACAAAACAAUUGUAGGUGCAAAGGAUAGUGAGCCCCCCACCGAUUUGAGUCCAGAAGAGCAAAAGCUUUUCGAAGACAUUCAAAAGAAACUGUCCAAGAAAGAUAAGAAGAAGCGUCCCGCAAUUCCCGAAGAAUUCAUUAAGCAGGAAUCCCAGAUCCUUGUUGCAGAAAGCAAAGGUAAUGAAAUAAUUGCUAUACCUGUAGUAGAUGAAAAACAAUCUUUAAUUAAUAUUACUACCUCAUCCAAUGAUAAACCAGUCCAUUUAGCUCAAAAUCUUUUGCAAGAUGUGAGUUUGAUUUCCAAAGCAAAUACAAUCGAGCAUGCCAAAGCUGAUACACUCUAUCACGAAAAAAUGCAAGAAACGCCAGAUAUUCCUUCCUCUAUUGAAAGUCUAAAAGAAACGCAAUUAGAUAUUCCAUGUGAAAAACAGAACUUCCCAGAUCCUACUAAUACCGCUAAACAAAUUGUUCCUGCCAAACCAAGCGCAUUAAUUGCUGAAGCAUUUGUGGCUAACACGGAAUUAUUAACGCAAGAACUUGACGAACUGCUACAAUCGCUCUCAACCGUCGAGGAUGGCAUUGGAAAUAUGAACUACAGCAGCUUGGAAGGCAUGCUACAGGGACUGAAGCUAAUCCAAGACAAUCUGGAAGUACACGAGAAAGAAGCACGCAACCUCAAGGAACAAGCGAAGGCAUUGCCCACAGAUCCGGCUACCGAGCGUCUGCUUAACGAAACUACAGAUCGAAUUGAUCUGCUUUUGCGACGCACACAGCAAGGCAUCACCAUGAUAGCCAACGCAAUGCAUGGUCAAAAGAAGCGCGAGCAGGAGAUCGAUGAGUAUCAGCGUCAUUUAUUGGAACUCGAACGGUGGAUCAACGAAGUAUCCGCCGAACUGGCCUCGUUUGAGACAACGCCCGAGAGCACCAACGAUGAACUUGUGCUCAAGACACAGGUCGAACGCAGCCAGCAAUUAUUGCGCACGUUAAAGGAGCGCCAGCAGUCUAUGGAUGAUUUGGUUGAGCAGACACGUCAAUUGCAGGGCCAACCCGAUGUGGCUCCUUUGGCCGAUACACUUAUGGAACAGCUCCAGAGCAUAAUCAUCAUAUUGCGUGAGCAAAUCACUGUGGCGACCACACGUAUCUUCACUAUUGAGAAACGCAUCGUGGAGCUGCGCAAGGCCAAGAGCGAUGAUGCUCAGCGACAGCGUGUGCUGGAGGAUGCCAAGAUUCAGCCACCAAUUAGCACUCAUACGGCACCUGAAUCAAUCGAAUCCAACGAGAACACAAUUGAUUCCAGCUCGAUGCCUGAGGAGGAAGUCAAACCAACCGGCAUCUAUGUGGAGACGCAGACAUCAUUCAGUGAACGACAGCCAGAGCAACAGUUGCCACAACAGCCUGUUCAACCACAGAUAACCACUAGUAAUGUGGAGGCCCAAACAAGUUUCCAGGAACCUCUGCCAGUGGCGCCCGUUGAAACAGCUGAAGUGGCACUGCAAACGCUAAAGGAACGUCCACCAACUGAGAACAUAAUGGUGACGCAGACACUGCAGGAUGGCCAACAGACGAUACAGAUUGAUACGACUCUGAACAAGCAUGUCGAUGAGACACCCGAGAAUGUGGAGAUCGAGGCGCGUUAUCAUCAGCAGCCCAAGGGCGAUGUUGACCGUGCCACCGAGUUGAUACUGAAAAAUGUACCUCAGGCAUUCGAAACUACAUUCGUGGAGCCCGAUGACACAACCACCGAGGUGGUUGUUGGUGCAGAUGGCACCAAGCAUAUUGUUGUGAAGAAGAUCACAACUCGUACGCGUCAACAAAUCGUGCAACAACAACAGAUCAGCUCCAUCGAGACUGUCAGCGAUGCCGAUGGCAACAUUGAAGUAAAGUCUACUGGUCAAAUCAAUUUGGAGAAUGUGCAGAACACAGAUACCAUUGCUGAUCCCCAACAGAGCAGUGUACGCACUGUGAUCACACAGCAGACAAGAGGCACACUUCUGGAUGGCUCUCAGCCUGAUACGGUAACUGUUAGCGAGUUCGAAACCGAGCCAGUGAUUGAGCAAUAUGAGCAGCUGAUGAGUCCUGAUACCGAAGGCAAAUUGCAACCAUUCCGUGCCGAAGCUGGACAGUCUGACCUGGAGACACACGGCAGCAUACGCACCGUGAUGCAGCAGGUGACGCGCAAGGUUAUACGCAAAACACGCAAGAUUAUCAAGCAUGUGACAAUCGUUAACGGAAAGGAGCAUGUGACUGAGGAAAUUGUUGAGGAGCCAGAAGAGAUUGAGGUCACGGAAGAGGAGACAUCACCGCAUGUGAAUAUCAACAUAGUGCGAACGGUGAAUGGCAAAGUGGUGAGUGAAGAGGAGUUCCAGCGUUUGAUGCAGGAGCCAGGUGUCGUCAUCGAAGAAGUUGCGACGGACCUGUCCCAAUCAGAGACAGUGGAACCGCAGCAACAGGUAUUUGAUAUUGAGUCUAUCAACAUCAGCACCACAACAACAACACAACCAGAACAACAACCAGAACCACAACAACAACUCGAUAUACAGACAGCACCAACAACAACUACAACCAUUACAACAACAACCAAAACAACUGAAACGACUAAAGAAGCACCUGUAGAAUUGUCAGCACCUCAAGUAGACAUUGAAGAAACCGUAGAAGUUGCAACUACCAGUCCCGUUAAUGUUACAGCAGCGGAAGUAACUACAACUACAACAACAACGACUAGCACAACAACUACAACUACAAUUCCACAAGAAAUCCCAACAACAACACCAAUAGAGACUGAAAUAGAGACCAAGACAGAGAGUGAGAUCGAAAUUGAGCCUGUGGUUGAAGAUAUCAAUGAAAUUUGGCCAGUCGAACAUCAUCUGAAUCCCACAAACAUUGAAUUCUCUGAUCAUGAAACCACACUCAUUCGACAGACAGCUGGCGGUCUACCAGCUGAAGAUCCUUCCAUGCCAGUUGAUACCAUUUGGCCAACAAGUCCCGAAACUGGCAAUUCUGUCUCUCUCGAAUCCUAUGAAUUUGAACCAACAUCCCCAAGACCUGAGACUGAACAACCUCAAGUUGAGGAGGAGCCACAAAUACCUAAAAAGACUGACACGGAAGCCUUCCUGCAAGCAGAACAAGCACAAGCUGACCCUAUUAAGGAACAGCCCCAGACUACAGCAGCAAUUGCAACUUCAGAAUCACCAGUUAUUUCUGAAAUUGUCGAAACGAAGCCGCCCCAAACUGAUGUGCGUGUGGCAACUCAACUGUUCAUUUCUGGCGAGGCAGCUGAUGCCGAAUCCCCACGUAAAACCUACCAGAUCACAGCACCUUCGGUGGCUACAGCUGCCGGAGUUGGUGUACUAAAGGUGGCUAUGGAUGUGGCAGAACCGGCAGCACAACUGCCCGGCAAGGUUACUAUGUCCAUUGUAGAAACUGUUGUUGCCUCGACCCCAGAUCGUGAUGAUGACGCUAGUACCAAGCGAAGUCGAAAGAAAAAGAAGAGAAGAGAUUCGGAACCUGUCGAAGAUCUUACACAACCAAAGACUGAACCCAAAGUGGAAGCUUUGCCCGAGCCGAUUCCUGUUUCCGAUAUCGAAGCGGAGUCUGUGCAUGAAACUGGCUACGAAGCCGAAGAAAAGACUGUUGCCGAUGACGAUGAUUCCACGGAUUCGAAGAAGAAACGCCGCAAGAAGAAGAAGCAGCAAAAGGAAAAAGCUGAGGAAGAAGAUUCACAUGCACCCAUCUCUUCCGACAACUCGCCACGUGACGACACCGCUAGCAUUGAAUCGGAGGGCAAGGUGCGUCAUGAAUCGAUUGUGCAGAUCAGCGAUGAGAGUAACUUGUCCAGCAUCGACAUUGAUACAACCGUCAAAGUGAUUGAGGAUGCAGUUAUUACUUCACCUUCGGAGUCGCCACGCCAACCAUUCACUGAACUGGUUAUCCCAACAGAAGUCGUUGAGCUCGCACUCGUCGAGGACGUGGAGCAGCAGACGACACCACGUGUGCCAACACCAACAGCUGUAGAAGUCGAGCAAGAGAUUAAAUCCUCGCAGACAUCGCCACAGCAUCAGCCACAGCUCGAUGAGACGGCAGUGCAAACCAGUCUGGAUGUGCAACCCGACAAUCAGGAAAAUGAAUCCCAAACACUGAUUGUGGAGAUUACGGAAACCGAAGCUCAGACGACGCCACGUACGCAGGACGAGCAGCCGGAGCCAGUAGAAGUCUCGACAACAGAAAUCCAAACCGAUGUCAGCGGCCAACCCCGCGAGACUGUCGAGAUAUCCAGUCAAACAAUUGUGACAACCACCAUUGAAAAGGAGUUGCAAACAACGCCUAAGGAAUCUCCACGUGAUGUUGAGCCCAGGAGUGAACAAGUGGUGCCAUCGCUGGUUAACGAUUUGGUUAAGGAUAUGACCAUUGAUUUGCCAGUACCCACUACAGAGCAGUCCACGUUCACAGAAGUGACGACCACAACGGAGACGCAAAUGCAAACAAUGACACCGGAGCCCACAGAGCAAUUGAUGGCUGCCAACACUGUGGAACCUGUCGAGGUGAACGAUGUACUUGUGCAGACCACACCGAGACAGGAUAGCCCGCAACAGCCAGCUUCCCUGGAAGACAGCUCACUCACUACCACAUCCAUUUCGGAACCAUACGAGCUGGAGGUGCGUACCACAGUGGCCAUACCACCUGACUCGGAUACAUCCGUGGUGGAGCCAACUUUGUAUGAGUACACCCAAACAAUUGAGCUGCCCAAGCCGGAGAAGCCCAGCAAAAAGGGCAAAAAAGCCAAGAAGGAUGCCAAGGAGCCACCAGCAGUGCCAGAAGUGGAUCAACAAAUCAGUGUUACAGUUGAGAUUGCACCUGAGCUGUUGUCGGAAUCGGGCAUUGUAAUCUCCACCAACCAGCAAGUGGAAGAGGUGCCAUGUGUGCCACCUACAGUCGAACCAAUUGAGCCCGCUGAGAGCGGUGCGCAGAAACCACAAAGGGUUCAGCUGCAAAUCACCAAAACAACGGUUUACGACGAGUAUCCCGAUCUGCCAGUGCACAUCACCGAGCAGAAUAAGGUAAGCAUUGCCUCGCAGCAGCAACAGAGCAGCAGCAGCAAGUCACGCACUGGACCCACCUCGUCAGUAACCAUUGAAGAGGUUGCCUCGCCCACCGAGGAGCUGAUUGUGCCCAUCACACCGGGCCCCGAUGUCAAUCAAGAAAACAUUUGGGUCGCACCCACGAGCAACGUUAAUGUGGCGCCGACUCCGCUAGAUGCUUCACAAGCGCUAAUCAUGAGCGAGAGCCUGCAGCUUUAUCCGGGCAACAAGCAGCAACAGCAGCCGCAAGUGUUGUGGACUGAAACUAAGGAGGCCAUUGAUAAUCGUAUCAGGCAUCUGAAACAAGCCUCACCACAGCAGCAAACACCGCUAAGCGAUGUGCUGCACUUGGCAACACUGUCCGAGCAGAUUAAGCAAGUGCCCAGUGAACAGCGCCUAGUAGAGGUCAACGAUGGGUUACAGUCUUUGGAUGCGGCCAUUCGCAGUGGUGACAAAACCAUCAUACACACUACUGUUAUCACGGUCAUUGAAAAGGUCUCAACCUGGCUGGAAACGAUCGAGUAUCGUGUCUAUUUGAUACGUCAGAACUCAAAUGAAGGUCCUUCCGAACAGAAGCUGAGCAACUACAAUACACUGAACGAUGAGUUGCAUGCCAUCAAACACAAUGUUCAAACAUUGGAGGGGCAACUGCAGCACGUUGACAAACCAUUGGGUGAGGAGCUCUUGCAAUGUGUGGACACACUAAAGGAGCAUGUGGAUGCAGUGCAGCAGGUGACGCAGCAGAAUCAAGAGCAAGACAGCAAUGAUCUUGACAAGUGGCACAACUUUGAGCUGCUCUUCCACGAAGUGACUGUCAUGCAGGAACAACUGCAGCUUCGCUACGAGCAGGCAAUCAGCCAAGAGCAUCCGCUCUCCGUGAAGCUGGCCAUACUUAAUGAGCUUGAGCAGCAGCACGCAGGUUGCCAACAGCCGUUGGCUGAGCUCAUGCAGACGGCACGCUUUGUGCAACGCGAUUUCCCCGGCAAGAAGAUGCCCCAGGAUGUGCACGCCGCUUACGAGGCGAGCAUGAACAUUGGCAACAGCAUCGAGGCGGAGCGCGAUCGUCUGCUGCAACUGCAAUCCCUGGCCGAGGAGUACGAGCAAACGCUGAAGGAGUUCACCAACAUCACAGUAUUAGCCGACAAGAUGAUGGAGAGUCCGAUUGUAUCCAGUUCGCUGGAGCAGCUGAACAACGAGGUGCAGAAACAACGCAAGUUCUUUGUCAAUCUCAGCCAUUGCCGGGCCAUGCUCGAGUCUUUGGAGGAGAACAUUGACAGCGAGACGCGUGAGAAGCACUCGGAACUGCACAAGGAACUCUAUCAGAAGGCCACACAGCUGUUGGAGCGCGCCUCAGAACGUUCCUCGAAGCUGGUGCAAGCCGCUUCCCGCUGGACUGUGCUGGAGAAGGGCAUGCGUGAUGAGUUGCAGUGGCUACAGGUGGCACAACAACGUGUGCCAGAUCUCUCGGCUGUAACUUCCGCCGAUUACGAUCAAUAUGCCACGCUCUAUCAAUCGCUGAGCAAUGACAUCUCGCAUCACUAUGUGAAGAUGACCCAACUCUCGGGCAUAGCCAACAAACUGCAAUUGCUGGUCCAAGCACCAAAUCUGGUGGAGGAAACGAACGAGGCGCUGAUUGUAUUGUUGAAGCUGCGCGAAGAAGUUGCACUAUAUCUGCAUCGCCUGUUGAUCUUCAAGGAAAUCUGGGUGCAGUACGAACAACAGACCGACAAAAUGGAGGCAUUCGUACGCGAAGCGGAGCAGGAAUUGCGUCAAAUCCAAAUACCCACGAAACCCACAGAGGAGCCCAUACCACAUAUGCGUCAGUUCUGGGAGAUCAAGGCACGCUUUGAGCUCCACAACAACAUACGCAAUGAGGCAGGACACAGUUUGGAGAAAUCUCUAAAGGUUAUUCCAUUGGCCGAUGAGAUGCUGCAACGACAAUUCCAUGCCCAGCUCGAGGAUCGCUGGCAAGCCGUGGCCCAGGCCAUCGAGCUCAUCCAGCACAAUAUUGUGGAGUGCCUCUCCUCGGAAGAUAUGCCGCCCGAUGAGAAACUGAAGUUGGUCGAACGUGAAUUGCAGGAAAUCUACCUGACCAUGACCAGCAUGAAGGGUGUUAUCAAGAACGAGGAGGAACUCAGUCUGUACAUUGAGCGGGUUCAAGUGCUGCGCACUCGCGUCGGCUUCAUUGGCAACGAACUGGGUCGCAUUGGCCUCCAGGAGCCUGCGAUUGAGCCCGAGAAGGUGGGCGAACUCUUUGCUCUGUCUCACAAGAUUACCACACAGAUUGCUGAGGAACUCGAAUUUGCUUCCGUGCUGCGCGAUCAGCUGCAGGCCAUACACGAAGGCAUCAGCAAUCAGCGCAAACAUCAGGCCAAGAUCUCGGUCAUACUCGAUGAAUGCGAGGCGGCCGAACGUCAAGGAGCCGAUGUGAUCGAGAAGGCCGUUGCCGAUUGCCAGGCAGCCGGUGAAGAACUCGUUAACAGUUGGCAGGAAAUAAUGCGUAUACGCCAAAUGCUCCACACGCUGCCCAUGCGUCUGAAGAUGUCCGUGUCGCCUGUGAAACUGGAACGUGACAUAUCGCAACUGCAAGAUGAUCAUGCUUUCCUCGAGAGCAAGUGCACCAAUAUCAUGGCCAUACUACGCAAUCGUUUGGCUAUCUGGCUGCGCUACGAGCGACAGUUGGAGCUGGUGCAUGGCUCUGUGCAGGAGACGGACUUUAUGAUGGAACUGAUACGUGUCCACGGACAGGUUGACUACGAACGCCUGCGCAAGGCCACCGAGAGAUUGGAGGGCUUGGCUGGUGAUCUGCAUAAUCGAGAGCAAUUGCUGGACGAGCUUAAGGGCGCCGCAAAGCCAUUGAUCGAGAGCUGUGAUGUCCAGAUAGUCGAGCAAAUUGAGUCGGCCGUACAGGAUGCAGUAGUCGCCUGGAAUGAUACCACGGAUAAUCUGCAACAGCUUUGCACACGCUAUCAGCGAGCCGUUGAGCUUUGGGAUAAAUAUCGUAACGCGUCGGCGGCGGUCAAGAGUUGCAUUGAACAACAAAUGGAUAGCGUAAAGUCGCUCGAGCAGCCCUUGGAUGCCAUGCAACAUGCCAAGGUCUGUCAAGACAAUCUCACCACACAGAAUGAUCGUCUGUUGGAACUGCGCGACAUUGUCGCCAAAAUCGCCGCAGAUGUUGGCCUGGAUGCCUCAUCGUUGAUGCAAGGUGAACUCGAUGCGUUGGGUCAGCGUUUGGCCGAAUGCAAGGAUGCGAUAACGACGCUGGCAAACGUGGCCGACACACAAGACAAGGAGCGCAAACAACUCGACAAGGAGGUGACACAGGCCAAGGUCUACUUCAACAAUGUGCAGCAGGAUAUUGCACGUGGCGAGCCGCAGACGCCCAAGGAGAGCGAAGAGCAGUUGGCCGCACUGCGUGCCCAUCUGCAGACACUCGCUCGCACCGAGGAGCAGCUCCGUCAAUUGCGCGAACGCCAGCAGAACAACAGCAACCAUGUGCUGGCUCCCGCCGAUGCCAAUGCCGCUGAUGAUAGCAUUCUCGAGGUGUUGGCGCUGUGGCAGAAGAUAUUCCAGGAUACCUUCCAGGAGUAUCAUCGCCUCUCCACUCGACUGGCACGCACCCAAAACAGCUCGGAAGCGUUGCGCCUGUGGCGUCAAUACCUGCAGCAUGUGCAAUCGUUCCUGGCUUGUGCCAUACCCGAGGACUACAGCAGUCUGCGCGAACAGCAACAACUGUGUGCCAUCCACCAGAAUCUGCUCAUCUCUCAACAAAGUGUGCUCUCCGAGACGCCUCUCGAAUCGGAACUGUCCGAGCAGUACAAGGCGCUGACGAAUCUGCACAACGAGACACUGUCGCGGAUUAUGCAGCGCAACGAUGAACUGGAACAACGUGUGAGCGGCUGGAAUGCCUAUCGCCAGCAGUUGGCAUCGCUGCUCGACUGGCUGCGACAACGCGAAGCCGAGCGCAAUGCGCUGCAACUGCGCUACAUUCAUCUGAAGCGUGUGCCACAUCUGAAGGCGCGUCUCGAUGCAUUGCUGUUGCAGCUGGCACGUGGCGAGCAGCAGAGUGCGGCACUGAAGGCACAGCAGCAACAGUUGCUGCCUUAUUGCGACGAUGCGCUGGCCACCGCCAUGCGCAUGGAGCAGGCGAGCAUCAAUCAGCGUAUUAGCAAUCUGCGUGCCGCCCUCGAAACCUGGCAGAACUUCCUCAAGCGCAUCAAACAGCUGUCCGAAUCGUACGAUGAACGUGUGCAGCAUCUGCAGACGGAGUUCGGCAAGGCACAGCAAUUGUUGGAUCAGGAAGCCGAACACCCGGCCACACAGCCAGCGGAGAUUGAGCAGCGUUUGGGUGCAUUGCGGGCGCAGCGUGUCCAACUGGCUGCCCAGGCACCGGCGCUGGAGAGCCUUACGGUCAGUCAGGAGGAGCUGAAGGAGUGCAUCAGUCCGCACGACAUGAAGGCGAUACGUCAGCGCAGCUUCCUGCUUUGGCAGCAUCAUGCCGACCUCGACUAUCAGCUCUCCGUGCUCAUCAACUCGAUUGAGGAGCGUCUGUCGCUGCUGUCCAAUUACCAGACCAGGUACGGACGCAUCUCGCAGUGGCUGCGUACUCUCGAGGAGCGUGUGGAGCGCGAUGCCGAUGUUGCGGCCAUGGCCAAUCCGGAACAGGCAGCCAAACAGCUUGAGCAGCAGAUCAAUGGUGAGCUGCAGCUGCGCGAUAAGGAACGCGAAUGGUUGCUCUCCGCUGGCCGGGAGCUACUCACACUCUAUGCGGAUGCUUCGCCGCAAUCGCAGGAGGUGCGCGGUCAGGUGCAGCAGCAAAGUGAUGCGCUCAUCGAUCGCUGGAAUCGUCUCAAAUUCCUGUGCAAACAGCGUGCCACCAAGAUUGGCGAACUGAAGCAAACGCUGCUGCGUCUUGAGGAACGUAUUGCGCUAAUCCGUGCCUGGCUCUUUGAGGUGGAAUCACAGCUGGACAAACCGUUGAGCUUUGAGAGCUACACGCCAAAUGUCAUCGAAGCGAAGCUCCACGAACACGAACAAAUUCAACGCUCGAUUGAGCAUCAUAGCAGCAAUGUAGGUGAGGUCUUGAACCUCGUCGAGAUGCUGCUGAACGAUGCGGACAGUUGGCGCACCCAGGUCAAUACAACUGGCCUGGCAUCAUCUGCCCAAAAUCUGGAGCAACGCUGGAAAAACGUUUGCAGUCAGUCCGCGGAUCGCAAGCAACGCAUCUUGACCACUUGGAAUCUGCUGCAGGAGCUCAUAAAGCUGACCACUGAACAAAAAUCGUGGGUGGCCAAGCAGGAGUCGCAGCUGUCCAGCUACGAGCGUGAUCAGAAGUAUGUGAACAAGCAGAAGCUCGAGGAGCGACAGCAGGCACUGCGUGCCAAGCUCCAGGAGCUGGAAAUCGAGUCGGUUAAUCUGCGUCUACUGGAACAAACGUAUGCCAAGCUGACGAGUAGUCCUGGCGUUGAGCCCGAGAACAUUCAGAAGCUGACGCUUCCCACCAAGGUGAUGGUCAGCAAGUGGCGUCAGCUGACGCCGCGUUUCCAAACGCUGCUCGAUGCCAUCGACAAGGACGCCAAGGUGAUGCGUGACUUUAACAACGCUCAACUGGAACUAACCAAAUCCCUGACGAGUAUUCAAAAGGCGCUCGAGCAAGUCCCGAAUGCGGAGAGCGAUGCGACCAACGUUGAACCACAAGCUGUGCUGCAGCGUCUUGAGGGUCUGGAGCGCAAGUUGCAACAGACCGAGCAGCAGGUGCAGCAAGCGGAUGCUUUAGGCAAAGAGGCUGAGGUGCGCACCAAGCAACAGCCAGCGCAGCUGAAGCAGUUGCUCAAGCUGAUCACAGAGUACACUCUGCUGUGGAAGACGGUGCAGACGCAACUGGUCACCGUGAAGACCACUUGGGCCGCACGUGCAGCCAAGCAAUUGGCCGGUGCCGUCAAUGAGACACACGCCAGUGUCCAGGUGAACACGCUGUCCCAGCGCAAGCUUCGACAGGCGCAACUGCAGCGGGAAACCUCGAUUACGGCCAAGGAUGCCUACAUCAUGGAACUGCAGACGGCGAUUACCGAGUGCCGCAACAAUCUGGAUGAACUGCAGCGCACCAUUGUGGACAAGACCCGCAAGCCGGGUCCCCAGAAAAUUGCCAAGCUGCUGGGCAAUGCCCAAUCCUCGACGGAGUUGGUGAAGCAUCUUAGCAAUCUGCUCGUCACCGAAUGCAAUGCGGAUAAUCAAGCGGCGCAAGUGGACACCGUAUCAGAGCUAACGUUGCGCUUUGAAACGCUGCAGUCGCAGUGGAAGGCGCGACAACAGCACGAUCAGAAUGCAAGGUGCCUGCUACCUGCGGCCUCCAAGUACACAUGCAUACAUGAGGUCGGUCGGCUAACGUGUCCGCUCUGCACGCAACGCAACUGGCAGCAGAUCGACAAUGAUCUGUGGCGUCUGGAGCAGUGGCUGCAGUUUGCCGAGAGCACUCAGAAAUCCCAAACAACGCCGCCCUCGAACAUUGAGCUGCUGGAGGAUGUGACCCAAGAUCAUCGCGAGUUCUUGCUGGAUCUGGAGAGUCACAAGUCGAUCAUCUCGUCGCUAAAUGUGGUCGGUGAUCAUCUGGCCACGCACACGCUGGACACGGAGAAGGCACGUCAACUGCGCGGCCGUCUCGAGGCCGACAAUGAGCGCUGGAAUAAUGUGUGCAUCAAUGCCACCAAAUGGCAGGGUCUACUGCAGACAGCGCUCAUGGGCAACAGCGAGUUCCAUCAGACCAUCGAUGAGCUGGUCGAGUGGCUGCAACGCACCGAGAAGAACAUAAAGGCAUCCGAGCCGGUGGAUUUGACCGAAGAGCGCUCUGUGCUCGAGGGCAAGUUCAACAAGUUCAAAGAUCUUCGGGCCGAACUGGAACGCUGUGAACCACGUGUUGUUAGCCUACAGGAUGCAGCCGAUCAACUGCUGCGCGCUGUUGAAGGAUCCGAAGAGCAGUCCCAGCAAACCUAUGAAAGAACCCUUUCCAGAUUGACCGAUCUCCGCCUGCGUCUGCAAUCCCUACGUCGCCUCUCCGGCAUCUACAUUGUCAAGCUGGGCGCCGUUCUCGGCUACGAGGGCGACAAUCUGGGCGUGCCAUUGCAUAUGUUGUCGAAUGAGCUUUUGGAUAAUACUACAUUAUCAACCUCUUCUAUGCAGGCCGCCGCACCCAACACAGAAAAUGCAAACGAUGGCGAUGCUGCCGAUGGCGAUGUCAUCAAUACCACGGUACUGGCGCAAGGUGCUCGAUUCCUAGGACGCGUUGCACGUGCCUCGCUGCCCAUCCAGGCGCUAAUGUUGCUGCUUUUAGGUGUGGCAACCCUGGUGCCCCACGGUGAGGACUACACCUGCAUGUUCUCGAACACCUUUGCCCGCAGCCUGGAGCCAAUGUUGUCGUAUCCCCACGGACCGCCACCAACAUAGUAAACGAGUUGUGUCCGCGUCAGGUUGCCAUUGGAUUAGUGCAAUAAAUUCACAGUAAAAUCACAAAAACACAAUAAAACCAACCAAGAAACAAACAAAUGAUAAAUGUAAAACUAACGAAAAUGUAAAUGUACCGAGAGUGUGGAAAACAGAACAGAGAAUAGAAAUGAAAUCAACAACACGAAUAUGCCUUUAAAAAAAAGAUAAUAUGAUAUGAUAUGAUACUAUAUACUAUAAAACGCAGAACGCAUAUGCAAAAUUCUUGUACAAGUUGUAAGGCGCAUAGAUUGCGUCAAGUAAUGUAAUGUCAUGUAAAUUUUUGUAAUUUUUCACAUUAUUGAAGAGCGUAUUUUUUAUUUUUGUUGGGUAGCUAGAGACAUACUUACAAACAAUAUACUUCUGUGUACAUACAAAACAAAACAAAACUCGACGAGAAGAAACACUAAACAAAAAAAAAAAACUAAAAAAUCAAAAACAAAAUGAAACUAACGACAAGUAACGAAAGAAACACU